AUGUACAAAGAAACCUUACCUCUUGUGGUAUGGACGCUCUUAGUCAUAACAACAAAUGUAGCGACGCAAAGCCAGUACGGAAUAGGAUUAGGAAUAAAACGAGAAGUAUUUUUCUUAAAUUUAGAAGACGGCUACUUUGGCUGUCAAGUUAACGAAUCGACUCAAAUAUUACAAUUAUACGAAUUAUCCAAAUUAUGUGAUGGCGUACCCGACUGCUAUAAGGCAUCUGAUGAGCUUAGAACCGAAUUGAAGUGUUCAGAUGACUGUACCAAAGAAGAUGGGGCACAGUGUAUAAACGGUGCUUGUCUAAAUGGUGUUUGCUAUUGUAAUGAUGGAUUUGGAGGCUGCAAUUGUCAGGAACAAGAUGUCAACGAAUGUAAGGACCGGCCUUGUGAUGUUUUCGCACACUGCACGAACACAGUCGGAAGCUUUCAGUGCUCUUGUUUCCCUGGAUAUGUUGGAGACGGAUUCUCUUGCAAAGACAUCAAUGAAUGUGAAGACCCAGCCGUAGCAGCGAGAUGUGUGGAAAAUGCGGAAUGUUGCAAUCUUCCUGCUCAUUUCAUAUGUAAAUGCAACCGUGGGUUUGAAGGUGACGGCGAAGAAGAAUGUCGAGAUAUUGAUGAAUGCCGCAGACCUGGUGCUUGCGGUUCAAAUGCCGUUUGUCAAAAUUAUCCCGGAAACUACACAUGCGCCUGUCAAGCUGGCUACACAGGAAAUCCAUUUGAUGGAUGUGUUGACAUCGACGAAUGUGCGAACUCGGAUGCUUGUGGUGCGGGAGCUGUGUGCCGAAAUCUUGUGGGAGGCUACGAAUGCAGUUGUCUACCUGGACACGAAGGGGACCCCAGAGUCACCUGCACGCCUACGGAUCAAUGUUCUAGAACGUCAUGUGGACGCGGGGCACUCUGUGAAAACCUUCCAGGAACCUAUCGAUGUGUCUGCCCGCCAGGUUUUGAAGGCGAUCCCAAUGUCAAAUGCAAUGACGUAGAUGAGUGUAAAAAUAGCAAAGCGGUAUGUGGCGCCAAUGCUGUUUGUGCAAACACGGUAGGAAGCUUCGUAUGCAAUUGUUUGCCCGACUACACGGGAGAUGCGCGCGCUUCGGAUGGCUGCAAAGAUGUGGAUGAAUGUGAGGCACUAGAACAUCCCUGUGGAUUACAUGCUAUAUGUGAAAAUGCUUCACCAGGAUAUAACUGUCUUUGCCCUCAAGGGUAUAGUGGUCACCCAGAUCCGCAAAUUGCUUGCGAGCAGGUGGAUGUUAACACUUUGUGUAAAUCUAAUUUCGACUGCACAAACAAUGCUGAAUGCCUAGAAGGUCAGUGCUUCUGUAAAUAUGGUUUCCAACCGAAAGGAUCAGUCUGUGUGGACAUAGACGAAUGCACAAACUCUUCAUUAUGUGGCGAUAAUUCGAUUUGUAUUAAUUCCAUUGGAAGUUACGCUUGCGAAUGUGUAACUGGCUACGUAGGGUCGCCACCACAAGUGAAAUGUCGUGCUCCGUGUGAAGAUGUGCACUGUGGAGAGCAUUCAUAUUGUAAGUCCGAUGGGGCCGAUGCCUAUUGUAUGUGCGAUGAGGGAUGGAAUUUCAACCCUAACGACAUAUCUGCUGGAUGUGUCGAUAUUGAUGAAUGUGAUACUGCUAAUGGAGCAACGUCUCACUGUGGUGCUAAUGCACUUUGCUCAAAUAAACCUGGAACUUUCAUGUGCCAAUGUCCCGAUGGAUUUACUGGUGAUCCCUAUAAGAAUUGUUUUGAUAUCAACGAGUGUCAAAUAGAUAAUAGUUGUGGUGCCGGCGCAGAAUGUAUAAAUGAAAAAGGUUCCUAUUCAUGUUCAUGCCCUGAUGGAACAGUCCCAGACCCUGAUCCUCGAGUAAAAUGUUCAGAAAUUCUAACUUGUCAUAAAAGUGAUGAUUGUCCUGGAAAUGCUAUUUGUGAUGUUAAUGCAAUGUGCAUUUGCCCCGAGCCAAACAUUGGAAAUGACUGUCGGCAUCCAUGUGAAGCGUUACACUGUGGAAGUAAUUCUGAAUGUCUCUUAAAUGAGCAAACUGCCCAAUGUACAUGUCGAAACGGCUUCAGUGGUGAACCAUCAUCAGCGAGUGGUUGUCAAGAUAUAAAUGAAUGUGAAGCUAAUCCUUGUGCCCCUGGAGCCGUGUGUAAAAAUUUACCUGGACAUUUUCAAUGUGAGUGUCCAGGUCAAUUCAAAGGAGAUCCCUAUACUGAAGGCUGUAUCAUCAGUAAGCAACCUCAUGCUUGCGGCAAUACAAAUCCAUGUCCGCAGGGUGAACAAUGUAUACUAAAUGAUAAUGAAAACGUUUGCAUUUGUGGUCAGGGAUUUUCUCGUAAUGAUGAAACGGGUCUAUGUGAAGAUAUAAACGAAUGCAUUCAAUAUGGCCGCUCGCCUUGUGGUCUUAACGCUAUAUGUAAAAAUUUACCUGGAAGCUAUGAAUGUAGAUGCCCACCUGAAUAUAGUGGAAAUCCAUACAACUUAUGCGAAGAAUGUAACGAUAUUUCGUGUCAGUGUCAACCUCCAUACAAAAUUGUUGAUGGUACUUGUGUACUGUCUGGCUGUUCAGAAGGAAAGAAAUGCGGAAAAGGAGCAGAAUGUAUAAUUAUUUCUGAUAAUGUUAGUUACUGUGCAUGUCCAAUCGGUUAUUCUCAAACUAUUGACGGAGCUUGUGAAGAUAUAAACGAGUGCUCUCUUGAUCAGCCUGCAUGUGGAUUUGGUGCAGAAUGUGUCAAUACUGUUGGAUCUUAUGUAUGUAAAUGCCCUCCUGGUUAUGGAAAAGACUCAAUUUUGGGUCAUUGUAGCUUAAAUCAAAAGCGCUGUAUAAGCGACAGCGAUUGCUUCGCCAAUGAAAAGUGUGUCCAGCCCGGAAACUGUGUUUGCCCGCCUCCGUUUUAUUUAGAUAUUACAGAUGGGCAAAAAUGUAAAAGCCCCUGUGAAAGGUUUACUUGUGGAAUUAAUGCGAAAUGUACACCAAGUGAUCCACCAAGGUGCAUGUGCAUGUCGGGCUACGAAGGAGACCCUUAUACGGGUUGCACAAACAGGAAUGAAUGCCAAAGUGCUCCCUGCGCUUAUGGCGCAAUAUGCAAUGAUGAACAAGGUGGAUAUAAAUGUAUAUGUCCACAAAAUAUGGUUGGCGAUCCGUACAAAUCUGGAUGUACCGUCGAACAAAUACCGUCACAGAAACUAUUAUGUAGCAAAGACAAUCAAUGCCCUAAUAACUUUGCGUGUCUAAAUCGAACAUGUGCUUCUCCAUGCCUAAGUGUAUCCUGUGGACCAAAUGCUUUUUGUGAGGUUGAUAAUCACGCCGCGUGGUGUCGUUGUAAUCCCGGAUACACAAAACCAGAAGGCGGAAAAUGUGUUUCAGGCUGUGAUUCCUAUUCGUGUGCCUCCGGCGCCCACUGCAUUAUUUCAAAAUCCGGUCCAACAUGCGUAUGCCCAGAGGGUACUGUUGGAAAUCCAUUCCCUGGAGGUAUUUGUAGACGGGACUUGUGCGGAGCAGGCAUUCCGUGUGAGGAACCAAUGUCGUGUGUAGCCGGCAGAUGUCGCCAGCGUUGCGAGGAUGUCGUCUGUGGUAUCGGUGCCACUUGUGAUGAAGGAACAGGCCGCUGUAUUUGUAAUGCCUUCUUUGUUGGAAACCCAGACUUACUUUGUAUGCCUCCCGUAGCCCCACCAACUUGUAAACCGGGUUGUGCCCAGAAUGCCCAUUGCGUUUAUGGACAAAGUAAUGUUUGCAAAUGCAAUAAAGGAUUCACCGGUAAUCCGUAUAAGAACUGUUUACCUCGAAAAGAAAUAACAUGUGCGAAAGCCUCGUGUGGGACGAAUGCAGUAUGUCAGCAGACUAGAUCGCACGUAGAAUGUCUUUGUCCACCAGGAUAUGUUGGUAAUCCUAACUUACAAUGUAUCGAUAUAGACGAGUGUGGCUCACACCCGUGCGGGGAAAAUGCGAUUUGUAUCAACACACCUGGUAGUUACAGUUGUAUAUGCAAAAGCCGCUAUAUUGGUAACCCAUACGAGCUCUGCACUCAAGUAUCAGUAUCAAAAUGUGUAGAUGGUACAGCGUGUACAUGUUCCCGCAAUAGCUCGUGCCCAGAAGGAUAUUUUUGUGAAAAAUCUAGAUGCAUCGACGCCUGCCGAAAUACGCAGUGUGGACCAAAAACUAUAUGCGCAGAAGGAAAAUGCGAAUGCCUUCCAGGUUACAUAGGAAAUCCCAACCAUCUUCAACAGGGUUGCACUAUUGAUAAAACAUGUUUUACUGAUGGAGAUUGUAAGGACUCUGAAAUUUGUUUACAAUUAGGUAAAGACACGAGAAAGUGUUUAGAUGCUUGUAGUAAACGUCAAUGUGGGCCUAAUUCGAUAUGCGUCAGUUCAAAUCAUCACGCUCAUUGUAUAUGUGCUGAAGGUUAUGUAGGGAAACCUAAUGAUGUCAAAACUGGAUGUCAAUUACAACAACCCGAGCCUAACGAGGUUGAAUGUAAUGUAAAUACUGAUUGUGCUGAGCCACAAAUUUGUGUGUCAGUAGAUGGUUCAACUAAAAGAUGUCUCGAUCUAUGCUCUACAAUAAUAUGCAGUCCAAAUGAAAUAUGUACAGUUAAAGAUAAUAGCGCUCGCUGCGACUGCAAGGAAGGUUUUAUAUGGAAUCCCUUGAACUCAAUGUGUGAACAGCCUACAACAUCAAAUUGUAAAAAUGAUAAUGAUUGUGAUGACGAUAAAGCAUGUCAAAAAGAUAUUUUGGAUGUUAAAAAGUGUUUAGAUAUAUGCCAAACAUUUACGUGUCCGCAAAAUUCUAGAUGUAUAACAAAAGGUCACAAAAGUCAGUGUUUAUGUUCUCCAGGUUAUGAAGGAAAUCCUAAUGAUCGAAUUGGUUGCGCACCAAAUAAUAAAAAUCAAUGUGUCAAUGAUGCGCAAUGUAGAGAAAGUGAAAUCUGUAAGACAAUCAAUUCUAUUAAAAAAUGUGUUCCAGCUUGUCAGCAACUAAUUUGUGGACCAAAUGCUCUCUGUGUAACUAAUAAUCACGUUGCUAAUUGUCAAUGCCCUCUAGGACCGUAUAUGGGAGAUCCAACUGAUUUAAAGAAUGGAUGUAAACAAGUACCGUGUGUUUAUAAUUUAGAUUGUAUGCCUAAUCAACUGUGUAAUCGUAUGACACAUACUUGUAUUGACGUGUGUGAAGAGGAGUCGUGUGGCGAAAAUGCCGUGUGUAUUGCGGAAAAUCAUAAAUUUACAUGUCGUUGUCCAGCCGGUUACCUAGCAAACCCAAUACCUGAAGUGAGUUGUAGAAAAGUUGACGUAUGCCAAUCAAAUCCUUGUCAUAAAUCAGCAAUAUGUGAACCAUCAGGAUCCUCCUUCAUUUGCAAAUGUCCUGAUGGAUUAGUAGGUGAUCCGAAAGAAACAGGCUGUGUAGCACAAAAUAGAUGUCCUAAAGGCGACUCCGAUUGUCCUACAGACACCGUUUGUUUAAACGGGCGGUGUGUAAACCCAUGUGAAAAUGCAUGUGGAGUUAAUUCAUUGUGUAAAGUCGUUGAGAGAAAAGCAAUUUGCAUGUGUCCCGAAGGAUAUGAACUUAUACAGGGGAUAAAUGCGUGUAAGAAAAAAUUAAUUAAAUGUGCUGAUGAUUUAGACUGUGACGGUGACAUUUGUCAUAAUGACCAAUGUUUCACUGCAUGUAAGAAUUCUACGCAAUGUGAACACGGAGAGUUUUGUAUCAAAAAUUUAUGUAUAAAGGAAUGCACUACGCAUAGUCAAUGUAGUAUUGGAGAGGCGUGUGUUGGUGGUCAGUGCUUGAUUGGAUGCCGCGGUAAUAAUGAUUGUAUCAGCGAAGAAGCUUGCGUUAACAACCAAUGUAUUGAUCCUUGUAUCGGUUCAAGAAUAUGUGGCCCAAAUGCAAUUUGUUCAAGGGUUCAACAUGCCACAACAUGUGAAUGCCCUCUAGGAUUCGAAGGAACACCAACCGCUCAACAAGGCUGUAUUAGAAAACCAAAUUCAUGUUCUAAAACUUUAGAUUGUCCGCCAGAUCACAUGUGCAUUGGAUAUUUCUGUCAGGUACCAUGCCAAAUCAAUUCUGACUGUGCAAUGGGGGAAUCAUGUUUUGAUAAUAAAUGUCAUAAGGUAUGCCACACCAGUAGCAACUGUUUACAUGGUGAACACUGUAAUUCUGGAGUAUGCAUACUUGGUUGCAAGGCAGAUUCAGACUGCAUGACUAAUCAAAUGUGUAAGGAAACAAAGUGCCAAUGUCAACCAGGAUUCAAAAUGACACAGAAUGAAUGUAUAAAUGACAACGAAUGCGUAAAUAAUCCGUGUCACCCCUCAGCCCAGUGUAUAGAUGAUAUCGGUUCUUUUAAAUGUGUCUGCCCUACGGGUGCCAUAGGCGACCCUUACAAAUCAGGAUGUUUAUUGCCCAAUCAAUGUAGACGCGAUAAUCAAUGCGAAGAUUCACUUGUCUGUUUCCGAGGAAAGUGCACAAAUCCGUGUGAAAGAAGUGACCCAUGUGGAACGAAUGCUAUUUGCACAGUUAAUAGGCAUAAAGUAACAUGUAAUUGCAAAAAAGGACAUCUGGGUAAUCCAUUCGAUAAACGAGUGGGCUGUUUUAGGGUCGAAUGUGUGGAUGACACCGAAUGUCCAAAUGAUAAAUUCUGCCGAUUAGAAAGUAACAAAUGUUCAGAUCAAUGUGACGAAACAAUUUGUCAAGGUGGCAGCUGUAAAAUUAUAAACCAUAAAGCUGUUUGCACUUGUUCAUCUGGUUUUGAAUUAAACAAUUCCAAAUGUGAAGAUAUAAAUGAGUGUCUUACACACCCGUGUCCAUUGAAUGCAAUUUGUGAAAAUACACCCGGGUCAUAUGCUUGCACAUGUGUAAAUGGAACUGUUCUCGAUAUCAACACAAAACACUGCAAAAAGCCCGGAGACUGCUUUACUGACGAAGAUUGUUCAGAAUUUACAAAAUGUAAAAAAAAUCAAUGUACAAAUCCCUGUGAAACUUCUCCUUGUGGUGAUAAUACUGACUGUUACGUAUUAAAGCAUGAACCCGCGUGCGAAUGUCAAACGGGUAGUCAUGGCGAUCCAUAUAAGGGGUGUGUAAAAUUCGAAUGUGUAAAAGAUGCUGAUUGUUCCUCAGAAGAAGCCUGUGUAAAUAACAGAUGUAAAAACUCCUGUAGCAUACCACGUGCAUGUGGUAGAAAUGCGAAUUGCUUCUCCAGAAACCACAUUGGCCACUGUUUCUGUGCUUCUGGAUUUACAGGCGAUCCUGUUUUAGGAUGUGUUCCUGUACAGUAUUGUAACGACGAUAGCAGAUGCUCCUCGGGGACCAAAUGUAUCGACAAUUUGUGCCUAGGACUGUGCAAGAAUUCAAGGGAUUGCCUUAACGAUCAAGUCUGUAUCCAAGAUACAUGUAGACUAACGUGCAUAACAAAUGAUACGUGCCUUGACUCAUACUAUUGCUCGAAUAGAAUUUGUAUCAAAGAAAUAAAAUGUACUACCAAUGAUGACUGCUCUGAUGAUGAACAGUGCUCUGAAGACAAAAACGGAAUACCCCAAUGUUCUAAAUUAUGUAACAAUCAACCAUGUGGCAGAAAUGCUCUCUGUAUUGCUACUUCCCAUAAGGCAUCCUGUUCCUGUAAAGAAGGAUAUUUUGGUGAUCCGGUUCAAGGUUGUAAAAAAAUUGAGUGUGGUCAGGAUAGUGACUGUUCAGAUGACAAAUUUUGCGAAAAAAAUAUGUGUAAAAUUGCGUGUUUGUCUAAAAACAAAUGUGGAGAGAAUACUGUGUGUUCUUCAGAAAAACAUCAAGCCCUCUGUUACUGUCAACCUGGCUAUACUGGUGAUCCAGCUACGGGUUGUCGACAAAUAAAUUUCUGUAAAUCAAACCCUUGUGGCGAUGGAGCACAAUGCAACAAUACUAGAAGUGGAGCCCAAUGUGUUUGUCCCCAAGGAACGGUAGGCGAUCCUUAUGAAAAAGGGUGUCAAAAAGGCUCUGAAUGUAGAUUUAAUAGGGAUUGUCCCACCGUUGCACGUUGCACCGUUAUAGAUGGGAUAAGGAAAUGCACAGAUGCUUGUGAUAAUAUAAAAUGUGGACCUAAUACUGAGUGUCUUGCGGCGAGACAUUCUGGCCAAUGUAAAUGUAAAACUGGCUUUACUGGAAAUCCUUCAAGUGAAAAAGGCUGUCGACCCCAUGAAAUUUCUUGUACUACAAAAGAUGAUUGCCCUAAAAAUCAAUAUUGCCACGACAAAGCAUGUCAAGCUUUAUGUUUACUUGACGAAGAAUGUAAAAUGCAAGAAAAAUGUACUAACGGCCAAUGCUUAGAUCCAUGUAAAAUGGAAAAUACUUGUGGUUUGAAUGCUUUAUGCAGAACUGAUAAUCACGUUGUACAAUGUAGUUGUCCGUACAGAUUUACUGGAAAUCAAGACGUUGAAUGCGUAAGAAUACCAAGAUUGUGUGGUGGAUCUGGAGAAUGCGAAGAUGGGCAUUAUUGUCAAGAUUCAAUGUGUGUACCUAAAUGUACGGUGGACGAAGAGUGCGCAAUGAAUGAACGUUGCUCCAAAGGAGCUUGUUUGCUGACUUGUCGGGUAGACAACGAUUGUUUCCUUGGACAUAUAUGUCUUGCGAAUAGCUGUCAUUACGGAUGCAGACAAGACGAUGACUGUGGACCCGAUGAAUUUUGUAGAAACAAUUACUGUCAAAAUCCUUGUGCGAAUGAAGUGAACCCUUGUGGACCUAACACGCGAUGUACAGCGGUAGAUCGCAAAGCUGUAUGCUCAUGUCUCGAUAACUUAAUACCAAAUCCAACACCUAACGUUGGAUGCGUACGUACCCCUUCACCCACUUGCAAAAUGCAUUCCGAUUGCGCAACAGGAUGGAGAUGUGAAGAUGACCGAUGUAGGCCAGCUUGUACGCCUGACGGGAGCGAUUGUCUUCAAGGAGAACGUUGUGAUUUAGGCGUUUGCCGAUUCGCUUGCACCACUGAUGAUCACUGCUCCGAUGAAGAAAUUUGCGACGGCAGGUUUUGUAUAACGGGAUGUAAAUCUGACUCCCAAUGUUCAAACGACAAAGCUUGUAUAUCUGGACAAUGUAAGGAUCCUUGCACAGAACCAGCCACGUGUGGUGCCAACGCACUGUGCUUAUCAAAUAAUCACCAACCGAUUUGCACCUGCUCUACAACUUUGACUGGAGAUCCAAAAGUUGCUUGCAGAAGAAUAUCUAUGCCUUGUGAUAUGGACAAAAACUGUGAUGAUGGAUUUAGUUGCUACGGAAAUAUUUGUUAUCCGUCGUGUAGAAGUGAUACCGUUUGUAUGUCAAAUGAAAAGUGUAUACGUGGCAUAUGCAGAGUGGUUUGUAAUAGUGAUGAAGGAUGUAGUGAUGGCCAUAUUUGUGAAAAUAGAAUAUGCAAACAAGGCUGUCGCCAUGAUAGAGCUUGUAGUGAUGGACAGGCUUGUUUUAACGGGCAAUGUAAAGAUCCCUGCAAGGAAGGCAAUAGUUGUGGCACAUGUGCUGAUUGUAAAGUCAUUAAUCAUAGACCUCAAUGUAGCUGUUCAAGCAAUUAUACCGGAAAUCCUCUUGUAGAAUGCAAAAGAAAACAGUUACAAUGUGAUGGAUUUUGUCCUUGCGAUGAUAGCGGUUUCUGCAUUUCACUUUGUGACAAUAACUCUGAUUGUAAUUGUGAUGAAAAAUGUCACAAUGGCGGAUGCAGGGUUAUGUGCUCGUUACGCAAUAAAUGCCCGCAGAGACAGAUAUGUGCUCAAGGAGUAUGCUUACCGGGCUGUAAUAGUAACAGAGACUGUGGAGACGACAUGGUGUGCUCAUCUAAGCAAUGCGUCCCCGUUUGUCGUGAAAAUUCUUGUGGGAAAAAUGCUUUGUGUUCUUCGGCACGACAUCGUCCCAUUUGUAGUUGUCCCAGUGGGUUCUCUGGCGAUCCUAUUAAGGAGUGUAAAGUCUUUGAAUGCUCUAGCGACGAUGAAUGCGCUUUGGAUGAGGAAUGUAAUGUAGAAGGUAAAUGUAAAAAUGUGUGUAUACAUGCUUGCGGAACAAACGCAAUAUGUAGAUCUGUGAAUAGAAGUCCACAGUGUACUUGUCCUCCAAACUUUAUUGGUAAUCCCAAGCUUGAAUGUGCAAAACCGACUGGGGGAACUUGUUCUCGAAACCCUUGUGGAGUUAACGCUCGUUGCCGGGAUAUGGAAGAUGGAAGUUACGAGUGCACCUGCCCUCCAGGCUGUGCGGGUAAUCCACAACAUCAAUGUUUCUGCGGCACUAUGAUGCCGUGUGCUGCUAAAAUUUGCGGUACCAACGCACAGUGCCGAAUCGGACAAAAUCAAGAGACACAAUGCUAUUGUCCACGCAAUUAUCCAAACGGAGACCCAAAUAUAGAAUGUACUCAAGAACGCAGUAUUGUUGAUUGCCGUACGACUGGAUGUGGUGUUAAUGGAGAAUGCUUACGAGAAGGGGCAGAGUUUGUAUGCCGAUGUGUACCUGGUACGGAAGGCCAAGCUGAUAUAGAAUGUCACACCAGUAUCGAAUGUACGAGUGACAAAGACUGUCCUGUCGACAAGGCGUGCCUCAGUUUGCACUGCGUGGACCCGUGCACAGUGCGUGGUGUGUGUGGGGAGGACGCCCUUUGUGUUCCUGUCAUGCAUAGAGCGCAAUGCUCCUGUCCACAAUGCUACGUCGGACAACCCAGACUAGCCUGCCGGCUGGACCCCACCUGCAAACCUACUUCGGAUAUAAAUAACACAUUCACAUGCUCUGAAACCAAGCCCUGUCCGUCCAAGUUAGCUUGCGACUUAGCUACGAAUUAUUGCCGCAACCCUUGCUUCGACUAUCACAGCUGUCGACCGAAUCAAAAAUGUGAAGUACGUAAUCAUCAGCCAGUAUGUGUUUGUCGAAAUGGCUUCGCCUUAAACGACAGAGGUGAAUUGACUUGUGCUCCUGAACACGCUGAAUGCACUAGAGAUGAACAAUGCCCUUCUAAUGCACUUUGUAAAGAUAAUAAAUGUGUGAAUCCAUGUUUGGCAUCUAGAGAGUCAAUGUGUCCAAAAGGAAAACAAUGUGAAGUUGUGGAACACAAAAUUAUGUGCUUGUGCAUUAAAGAUUGCCAUCCAUCAGUAUCGAUCUGCCUGAGAGACACCGGUUGUCCUCAAAACCUUGCGUGUCGAGAUUUUCAAUGCAAAGAUCCUUGCAAAGGUGCAUGCGGAGAUGCCCCUUGCUCUGUAGAAGAUCAUCACCCGGUUUGCAAGUUCUGUCCCGCUGGUUUUAUACAUGAUGAAAAACAUGGCUGUAUUAAAGCGUUAGGAUGCAGUGCUCAUGAGCAAUGUGCUUCGGGACUCGCAUGCAUUGAAGGCCGCUGCUCUGACCCAUGCGCAAAAGGUGGUCCUUGCGCUGUUGGACAUCAUUGUGCAGUCGUUGAUCACCAACCUGUAUGCUCUAAAGUAUGCCAAUGUCAAACAUCGUCGGACUGCGCAAGCCAUCCUAAUACUAAAUGUGAUGGAUGUGUUUGUAUUCGUGAUGAAAAGAUAUCAACGAAUUGCGCACAUUGCCGCCCAGGAGUACCUUGUGAUCCGUUCUCUGGAGCGUGCAUGGAAAAUGCUCGGCCUAUACAUGUCCUACUAACCGAAAGAAACUCCGAUACUACCACAGAUCAGUUUUCAACGAGUGAAACAACUACUAAUACUUUAGAAUUAACUGGUUUGACCUCAAAAUCCCCAUACAGUACCGUUAUGACUUAUGACAUUACAGAGACUAAUGAUAUAACAGAUACAACUUUUGUAGUAACGGAAACAACUAUUCCAGAGAAACUUUCGACCACAUCUCUUACUGAUAAUUUCUUUGAUUCAAGUACAACGUUAAGUCAAGACUUAGGUAGUUCAAUAACCUCACCACCUUCAGAAAAUCAAGAAUUUAUAGACAGUGGUGAGGUGAUUGUAAGUAAAAGUCAGAACUCAACAACUGGAAAGCCUUACUUAAAACGUAAUGAAACCAGCGGCACUCAUAAACGUGUCAAUGAAAAUAGAAAUACAAAAACUCCAGAAAAUAAAAGAAAUCUACAAAAUACGUAUGAUUCAAAUUUCAAAACUGCAGUUACAAAUCCUAUAAAUAUAACUACAAAACAACUUAAUAAUGAAACACUUCAAAACGAUCUAUCAACAAAGAAAACUUACAGUAUAGAAAGAGGAGAUCAAACUGUUGAAAUACCAGAUAUAUCAACUACAGAAUAUGCCUUAAUAACAGAAUAUAUCACAACACAAAAUUUGCAAGAAGCUGAUGAUAGUAGUACUUCUGACAUCGUUACAAUAAAACAAAGUAACAAGGAACAGUUUGUGACAUCAUCUGAGUAUUCACCAGGCAUAAAAAGUACCCACUUUACAACUUUAACAGAGGAUACUGAAACCACAAUAACUAAUACAACACCUCAAAGAUCUACUUCUAAAUCAAAAGGGUCAACUACAGUAACUGAAAUAAACUACAGCAUUACGCCACAUCCUGGUGAAGAUAGUGUUGGUGAAGAAGUAGAAAAUAAAGCCUCCUUAGUUACUGAUGCCCCGAAAGUACUGAAUACGGACAAAUUGGAUGUUUAUGAUGAAAUUAACUAUACUACAAGUCGCAUAACUGAGUUAAAUCCACAAGCAAAUGACAAGCAAACUAAUAUUCCGGUAGAAGUGGAAUCUAGUACAUAUUUUGAUACAGAUAAAUUAAAUGUAAAUAGCCAAGAUAAUAUAAAGAUAACAACAUCUAUAAGUGAUCAGAUGGAAACACAUACAAUGGAAAGUUUUUAUACAAGAAGUGAAAAAGACGUACCUAUUUACAACACAGAAAAAUACAUGUAUAAUACUGAAAAUGUAUUGACAACAUUUGAAACUGCUUCUGUAGGUUCUAACGAAGUAGUGACUGGUCAAUUUGACUUCAUAAAUACCGAUGCAGAAGAAAUGACAAAUACAAAUUCAAUGACAACAUCAAAUGUAGGAACAAAGGAUAAAAUUUUAAGUACCACUAUUCAAGAUAUGAAUGUAAAUCAACCUGAAUUAGAACAUACAAUAUCUGAGAGUUCUCGAGAAGUGGAAUCUUCCACGUACUCAUUAAGCCAACAAAAGUUCUCUGACCAUACUGAAACUUCUGCUGAAAGUAGCACAACUGCCUCAAAUGAGUUAAUUAUAUCACAAACCAGUCCAGAUCAGAAUCACUACACAACAUCAGAAACGACAGAACACAGAAUAUUAUUUGCGGGUACAAAUGAAAAUGAACAUAUUUUUACCACGGCUUCAACAGUUUAUGAUUCAAAAAAUACACCAACUGACAGUUUAAUGGAAAAAUAUGAUGAGUACACAACUAGAAAAAGCACUGACGUCGAUAUUAAAUUCACCACUGAUUCUUUGACUGAUGUUACCUCAACAAAUUAUAAAGAAAUUUCAGAAAUCAGUAUGAAAACAAACAAUAUUCUUGAUGUUUCAGAAAUUAAUUCUACAGAGGCUAGUAUAUCUACAAUUGAAUAUAGUAGUUCUGAUUAUACAAAUCCAUCAGAUUUAAAAACAGCCAUGAGUGUAGAAACAACUACAGAUAGUAGAGCAUUAAAAACUACGUAUGUGGAAACCAGAAGCGAUGGUACCACAACAUAUAGUGUUAAUAGCAUAGGAUUUGAUAAGGCGGAACUUACGAAAAAAGUUCCCAUUGAAAAUAUAGUUUCUACAGAGGCAAUACACAGUAAUUAUGAAUCAAGUGCAGAAUUUGCCAGUACAACUAAUAAAAAUUUCGGUGUAAAUGAUGGAAAUGAAAGAAAAAGUACAUUACAUACAACUUAUUCAGACGUUACUCAAAACGUUUAUAGUGUAGGAAAUAAAGUUAAUAAUCCUGAGACGGAUGAUAUUUCUGAUAUGAAUAGCGUUGAAACAAAUACAGAUUCGUAUGAACUGUACACAUCAACAAAUAGAUAUAGCGAAAAUAAUGCAUAUUCCACAGAAAAAUAUACACGUGAAAAAUCACAUAGUGAAUUUUUUACAACAACUGCUUCCACUACUUUAGAUACAGAAACAACAGAACAAACUUCUUUAGAUUUUACAUCCUAUGACACAACGAAUAUUGAAGCUAUUGCGACAACACAAGAUCAUAUGUUUACAGAAACAACUUCGGUUGUACAAGAUAUAGGUAGUAAGAAUAAUUAUUUGCCCGAAACCACAGAAUCAACAACCGCUGAAAAUAUUGGAAUUUCAACGAGUCAGAAUCUUGAACAUGAAUCUGACUCAGAUAUUCCUUACACUAGUAUAACGCAGCUGACAAAUACCUUCGAAAAAUCUACAACAAAUUCAUAUUUAAAAGAUACAUUUUCUAAGGGAAUGGAUAUGGUUGUAAUAAAAGAAGAGGAUAACAAAAAUCCAUCGAUAGAGGUUAUCACCACAAUAAAAUCUAGUAUGGCUUCUACAAUUGCUGUUGAUGAUGGUAUCCAAACUACUCAAGUAACACCCAAGGAAACUAAAAACUACGUAAUUGAUGUUACAUCAACAGAAAAAUCGAAUAUAUUAAAACUUACAACAGAAUCAUUUCAAUCAAUAGAUAAUGAUGCAAAUACGUUUACUCCAAAAUAUGAAAAUGGAACCACAGUUACUCUGGAAACAAUAAACAUUCAAACCACACAAUCAGGCAAGUAUUCUGAGUCGACGCAACCUACAACAGAUGACGUCACUUCUACCGAAUUCAAAAGUGUAACCUCUAUUGCUCUUGAUGAAAUUAGUAAAACUGAAAUACUCGAUGGGUAUACAUCAACUUCUACCCACAAAUACGACGUAACCACUAAUCCAAAUAUUGAUACAACUACAGAAAUUUCUGAGGUAAAUAAAGGAAAAAAUAAAUACCCUUCUACAAUAUCAUCAACUUUCAAUGCAUUUUCUGAUAACUUAUCUUCGAGGCAAAAAGACACUGAUAUUUUCGCCUGGACUGAGACUACUUUAUUUACUGAAUCGACACAAACUUACGAUUUUGAUGAUGUUACGACUAGAGUUGAUUGUACAUUUGACGUUGACUGUAAUAUAAACAAAUCUUGUCUAAACGGGGUUUGCCAAAAUCCGUGUGAGGUCCAGAAUCCGUGUAUACAGAAUAAAACCUGUAAUGUUUUCAACCAUGUAGCAGUUUGUGAGUGUAACGACGAGGCCAGGGACAACUGCGUUAGAGAAUCACCUGGGACACCUAAAGCACCAGAACCUUGUCAUUCUGAUCGCGACUGUAUAGAAACUGAAGCCUGUUUUAUGGGACUAUGUCAAAAUCCAUGUGAAUUUGAUAACGUAUGUGGAACUGGAGCUAAUUGCAAUCCCGUAAAACAAAGACCCAUGUGUUCAUGCCCAGCCGGGCAUGAAGGAGAUCCAGCUGUAAAAUGUUCACCUAAAAUAACCGGUUGCACUCGAAAUGAAGAAUGUCUUGUGACGGAGGCUUGUAUAAAUAAUGCAUGUCAGCAUCCGUGUGCGAUACACAACCCGUGUGCACCUAACGCCGUAUGUAUAAACACAAAUCAUGGUUCAGAUUGUAGCUGCAUCGAAGGGUUCCAAGGAAACGGAUACGUUGGAUGUGUACCAGUGGUUGAAUCUCGAUCAGUUUGCCAGUAUAAUGAAGAUUGUCCUCCGGAGCUAUUGUGUGACAGAUUAAAUAGAGUGUGUAUUAACCCUUGUGCUGUGAAUACAUGCGGUGAUAAUGCCGAAUGUUACCCUGCGAGUCACGGUAUUCAAUGCAAAUGCUUAGCUGGUUUUACUGGAAAUCCCUUCUUGGAAUGUUAUCAAGUACAAGGAUGUCGAUCAGACAACGAAUGUCCAAAUACAGAAGCUUGUAUAAAUGGUAAAUGUGAUUCACCAUGCCGCUGCGGAAUCAAUGCUGUUUGCGAUGUAAUAAACCACCGUGCGUCCUGUAAAUGUUUAGCUGGAUUCUCUGGAAAUCCAUCGAUUGGUUGUGAACCACCAACAAACCCAUGUGUUCCAAAUCCAUGUGGUAAUAACGCUUUAUGUGAAAAUGACAAUGGUAAUCCCAUUUGCUUCUGUCCUAAAGGUUUAACUGGAAAUCCAUUCAAAAAUUGUAUUCCCGAAGGAAAUGAAUGUGAACCUAACCCAUGUGGACCAAAUACAGGAUGCAGGGUGAUAGAAAACAAACCAGCGUGCUUCUGUUUGCCGAACUAUGAGGGAAACCCACCUCGUCAACCAUGCCAACUGCCAAAUAAUCCUUGUAAUCCAUCUCCAUGCGGUCCUAAUACACAAUGUACUGUUUUAUCUAACGGUUUCUCAAAAUGCACGUGUCUAUUAGGAUAUGUAGAAAGUCCUAAUACAGUGAGGGGUUGUGUUGAAGCCAGAAAUCCUUGCGAACCUAAUACUUGUGGUGUUGGUGCUCGUUGUGAUGCAAACAGAAUCCCAGCGUGCUAUUGCCCUGAAAAUACUAUCGGUAAUCCUUAUAAAUCAUGUAAUCAUCAAGCAUACUUACCACCAGAAGUAUUAUGUAAACCUGGAAAAUGCGGAAGUAAUGCAGAUUGUUAUGUCAGUAGUAACACUGAAAUGUGCUUUUGCAAAGCAGGAUUUAUUGGUGACCCGUAUAUAGGCUGUCAACCACAACGGAAUCCUUGUAGCCCAAAUCCUUGUGGGCCACAGGCGAUAUGUAAUGUAAACUAUGAAGGCCAACUCUCCUGUUUAUGUCCAGAAGGCAGUACUGGUGAUCCUUACAGUUUGAAUGGCUGUGUUUCCCGAGAGUGUGAAAUAGACGACGAAUGUCCAUCUAAUAAGGCCUGUAUUGGAUACACAUGCCGUGAUCCUUGCCCUGGAGUUUGCGGUAUAAAUGCUAGAUGUUACGUGGAAACUCAUCAUCCCGUCUGCGUUUGUGAAGAUGGCUAUGAAGGAAAUCCCCUUGUUUGUUGCUUACAACCAGAAAGUCAAAAAUCGAAUAGGCCUUGCGCAAGAACUACUUGUGGCAUUAAUGCAAUAUGCCAAGAUGUUGGUGAGAAGGCCAUUUGUGCCUGUCUACCUGAAUUCCACGGUGAUCCUCUGAUAGAAUGUAAACCGGAAUGUAUAAUGAACUCAGAUUGUGCAUCGGGCGAAGCUUGUAUAAAUCAAAAAUGUGUUGACCCAUGUGAUAACAACAACAUAUGCGGAAUUAAUGCUGUAUGUCUAUGUUCAGAUCACACAGUGUCAUGCUUGUGCCCGGAGGGGUACAUUGGUGAUCCAUUAAUACAAUGUCUUUACCGACCGAUUAUAAUAACACCUGACAAUACUACAGUACAACCAUGUUCACCGAAUCCUUGCGACCCUAAUUCUUAUUGUGACACAUAUGGUGAUAAAUUUGCAGUGUGCGAUUUAUGUGUUGGACCCAACUCUAUUAACAAUCCUGCUUGUAGACCAGAAUGUCUUUUAAGCUCUGACUGUACGUUUGAUAAGGCUUGUAUUCGAAACAGAUGUGUCGAUCCCUGUGCCGGUUCUUGUGGUCUGAAUGCUGAAUGCACGGUCUAUCACCACGAACCUAUUUGUCGCUGCAAACCUGGCUUUGAAGGAAAUUCAUAUGAGGGUUGUAAAGUAAAUACUCAAGUUAUACAACCCAAGCUAUGUGAUAAUAUGCAAUGCGGGCCUAACGCCUUGUGUGACGAAAUAAAUGGGAUACUAACAUGCCAAUGUCUCCCUAAUUUCUAUGGAAAUCCGUAUAUUUCAUGCAGGCCAGAAUGCGUGGUUAACAGUGAUUGCAGUUCAAAUAAAGCAUGUUUAAAUAACAAAUGCGAAAAUCCUUGCAAGGAUAUUUGCGGAAUAGGGGCGCAAUGUGAAACCGUAAACCAUCACGCAGUAUGCUACUGUCCUCCAAAUCUUACAGGCGAUCCCUAUAUUAGGUGCCAGACACAACCCAAAAUACCUUCUACAUUAUCUAUAUGUGAUCCAUCACCGUGUGGUGCAUACAGUCGUUGCUUAGUUUCAGAAACAGGUUUUGCUAUAUGUUCUUGUUUACCAGGAUUUAGAGGAAUACCGCCAAUGUGUCAACCUGAAUGUGUAAGCAAUUCUGACUGUGCACAAAAAGACACUUGUGUAAACCAAAAAUGUGUUAACCCUUGCCAAGGAAGCUGUGGAGUCGGAUCUAAUUGCAUCGUAGUCAACCAUAAUCCAAUUUGUAGUUGUGGACCCGGGGCAACGGGAGAUCCUUUCGUAGCCUGUACAGCGUUUGUUGAAGGUCCAUCGUCUGAUAAAAAUCCAUGUGUGCCCUCACCUUGUGGACCAAACUCUGUUUGUGAAAUAAGAUCAAACCAUCCAGUAUGUUCUUGCCAGCCAAACUAUUCAGGAACUCCACCUUUCUGUAGACCAGAAUGUGUAAUUAGUCAAGAAUGUUCACCAAAUCAAGCUUGUAUUAAUGAAAAAUGUAGUGACCCAUGUGUGGGCGCAUGUGGAAACAACGCUAAGUGUAACGUUAUUAACCAUACACCAUUGUGUAGUUGUAUGGAAGGCUAUAGAGGCGAUGCAUUUAUAGGAUGUAUUGCAGUGAACAAAGACGAAAACGUAUCGCCAUGCAACCCAUCACCGUGCGGUGAGAAUACUCAAUGUACCGUUAUUAACAACGCAGCUCGCUGUUCUUGUAUUCCACCAAAUAUUGGUAAUCCGUACGCGGGAGGAUGUCGACCAGAAUGUAUUUCAAAUUCAGAUUGUCCUAACCACCUGGCGUGCUUAUCCAAUCAUUGUAGAGAUCCCUGUCGAGAUUUAUGUGGCCUCAAUGCUGAGUGUGUGGUGACUAAUCAUGUACCCGUAUGUACAUGCUUCAAAGGAUAUCAAGGUGAUCCAUUUUCAUCGUGCAGACCAGAAUAUAGAACACCAACACCAUUCAAUCCAUGCGAACCUUCUAGCUGUGGACCAAACAGUGAAUGCCAUGUAGUUAACAACCGUGCUGCAUGUUCCUGCCGUGUUGGAUAUCUGGGUGCUCCUCCUACUUGUAGACCGGAGUGCGCAGUUAACUCCGACUGUCCUCCUACUAAAGCCUGUAUAAAUCUAAAGUGUAAAGACCCCUGUGUAAACAGCUGCGGACUCGAGGCUCGCUGUCACGUGAUUGGGCACAACCCUAUUUGUACCUGUCCUGAGAACAUGCCUGAAGGCGAUCCGUUUAUCAAAUGUUAUAGAAAGAGUAUUACGGCACCAGCACCAAACCCGUGUCUUCCGUCGCCGUGCGGACCACACUCAACCUGCCGUAGCGAACUGGGGCGCGCCGUGUGCGCCUGUGAACCUGGAACAUUGGGCGCGCCACCUGCAUGCCGUCCACAGUGUCUCAUCAAUCAAGACUGUCCUCUCGCCCUCGCAUGUCUUAGGGGUACUUGCAUCAACCCUUGUGUUGGUUCUUGUGGCUUCAACGCUAAAUGUUCCGUACAAAACCACCAGCCUAUAUGUUCCUGUGACGAUGGUUAUUCUGGAGAUCCUUUUGCUGGGUGUAGUCCAUUUGAAAUUUCUAAGGAAGUUCCUCGACAACCAUGCAAUCCUUCACCUUGCGGAUCUAAUGCAAUUUGUCGGGAAAGGAACGGUGCAGGUGCAUGUACAUGUAUAGAUGAAUUUUAUGGGGACCCAUAUCAGGGUUGUAGACCGGAAUGUGUUAUGAAUACAGAUUGUGCUCCGGACAGGUCUUGCUUUAAUAACAAAUGUGUAGAUCCUUGUCCGGGCACAUGUGGGCGAAAUGCUGAAUGUAAAGUGACCAAUCACGCACCUUCAUGUUAUUGCUUGACUGGAUUUUCUGGAAAUCCUCUUCAUGCAUGUAAUCCUAUAAUAACUAUCCAAGAACCUGUCAAUCCUUGCCACCCUUCACCAUGUGGCCCGUAUAGUAAAUGCCGAACUUUUAACGGUCAUGCUGUUUGUACAUGUCUCGAUAUGUGUGUGGGAUCCCCACCAAAUUGUCGGCCUGAAUGUAUUGUGAGUUCGGAUUGUCGACCUGAUAAAGCGUGUGUUAAUCAAAAAUGUCAAGACCCAUGUCCGGGUACUUGCGGUGUAAAUGCAAAUUGCCAUGUUGUCAAUCAUAAUCCAGUUUGCAGUUGUUUUAUUGACUAUACUGGUGAUCCAUUUGUGCGAUGUUACUUGGAAGACAAACAUAUGGUGCCAGUCGACAAUUGUCUACCAAGUCCCUGCGGACCAAAUUCUCAGUGUAAAGAUUUAGGUGGAGUACCAGUGUGCUCAUGCAUAAACAACUACAUUGGACGACCACCAAAUUGUAGACCUGAGUGUACGUUAAAUUCUGAAUGUCCCAGUAACUUAGCAUGUAUAUCUGAAAAAUGCAGCAAUCCAUGUCCGGGCUCGUGCGGCAUACACGCUACUUGUAACGUUGUAAAGCAUAUCCCCAUAUGCACAUGUGAUAAAGAUUACACUGGGGAUCCAUUUUCCGGUUGUUAUUUAACUCCAAUUAUUGAACCACAACUAGAAAGCCCAUGCUCCACAUCACCUUGUGGUGCUAAUGCCGUGUGUAAAGAGCGGCAUGGAGCGGGCUCAUGCUCUUGUCUGCCCGACUAUUAUGGUGAUCCAUACAUAGAAUGCCGACCAGAAUGUGUUCUCAAUUCCGACUGUCCCAAAGAUAGAGCGUGCAUUAAUAACAAAUGCAAAGAUCCGUGUCCUGGCGUUUGUGGUAUGAAUGCGGAGUGUCGAGUAAACAACCAUGCACCCUCUUGUGCAUGCUUCUCUGGAUACGAAGGAAAUCCGUUUACUUCCUGUUUUAUCAGCCAAAUAAAUAAACAGAAACCCGUCCAGCCGUGCAACCCAUCGCCAUGUGGGCCUAAUAGUAUUUGUCGAGAAAGUAAUGGACACGCCAUUUGUGCGUGCCAGGACAACUAUUUCGGUUCACCCCCUUCUUGUCAUCCCGAAUGUAUGGUUAGCAGUGACUGUAUGCCAAACAAAGCCUGCAUUAACAAAAAAUGCGUAGAUCCAUGUAUCAGUGCUUGCGGGAAAGACGCGAAAUGCAAUGUUGUGAACCAUAAUGCAUUAUGUAGUUGCCCCCGUAACCAUAUUGGUGAUCCAUUUAUACAAUGUGUUUAUGAACAACGUCCUGAACCAAAACCGUCACAAAAUCCAUGUAUUCCUUCUCCAUGUGGACCAAACUCACAAUGUCGAAUGGUAGGUGAAACACCAGCUUGUUCAUGUAUGGCUGGUUACGUGGGCAGAGCCCCGAAUUGUCGCCCCGAAUGUAUUUAUGACGAAGAAUGUCCUAGCAAUCUUGCUUGUAUUCGCGAAAAAUGUAUGACACCUUGCGAUGGUUCUUGCGGCGCACACACUGAUUGUAUGGUGAUUUCACACAAAGCUGUAUGUCGAUGUCAAGAAAGCUAUACCGGUGACCCUUUUAGUGGUUGUUAUUUUAUUGUGACAGUUGCAAGUGAAUACGAAAGCCCUUGCGAUCCAUCGCCGUGUGGUCCAAAUGCGUUAUGUACGGAAAAAAAUUCAGCUGGCGCUUGCACAUGUUUCCCUGGUUAUUUUGGCGAUCCAUACAUGGGAUGCCGUCCAGAAUGUGUGACAAAUAACGAUUGCCAUUUCGAUCAAGCUUGUUCCAACAACAAAUGUGUAAAUCCUUGUGAAGGUGCUUGUGGAGUCAACGCAGUUUGUAAUGUAGCACACCAUACUCCAGUAUGCUUAUGUAUCGAAGGUUAUAUGGGAAAUCCUACGGUAUCAUGUUAUCCACAGAAAAAAAUACCUGUUGAAGAAAAUCCCUGUGCACCGUCACCUUGUGGCCCAUAUAGUAAUUGUAAAGUUAUAGACGGACACGGAGUGUGUUCGUGUCAAGGGGACUAUAUAGGGUCGCCUCCUACGUGUAGGCCAGAAUGCGUUAUCAGUACAGAUUGUCCUCAACACCAAGCUUGCAUUAAACAAAAGUGUAGGGACCCUUGUCCGGGAACAUGUGGAAUCAAUGCGAAAUGCCAAGUUAUUAAUCAUAAUCCUAUCUGUACAUGCAAAGCAGGAUUUACUGGUGAUCCAUUCGUUACUUGUCAACUGGAACCAAAACCUAUUCUUCCGGUGCCUAAGGGAAACCCAUGUGUACCAUCGCCGUGUGGCCCCUAUUCGCAAUGUAAAGUAGUUGGAGAAGCGCCUGCAUGUUCAUGCUUACCAAACUAUAUUGGUGUUGCACCAAACUGUAGACCAGAAUGUUCUAUUAAUGCGGAAUGUCCUGGUAAUCUUGCAUGUCAAAAUGAAAAGUGUGUAGAUCCAUGUCCGGGAUCUUGUGGCUUUAACGCUGAAUGCACCAUCGCAAAUCAUAUAGCACUAUGCCAUUGUAUCAUUGGAUAUACAGGUGAUCCGUUUAGUGGAUGUUCUAUCAUCGAACAUGCUCCAGAGCCACCACCAAACCCUUGCAAUCCAUCUCCGUGCGGUGCUAAUGCAAUAUGCAAAGAGAGAAACGGCAUUGGUUCAUGCUCCUGCCUUCCUGAAUACUUCGGUGACCCAUACACCGGAUGUCGUCCUGAAUGUGUUUCGAACUCAGACUGUGACCGAAACAAGGCGUGUUCAAAUAACAGAUGUAGGGAUCCAUGCCCUGGUGCCUGUGGGAUCAAUGCAGAGUGUAGAACUGUUAAUCACGCCCCAACUUGCACCUGCCUUACAGGAUACACAGGAAAUCCGCUCACAAAGUGUGAAGAACAACUAGUAUCGGAACGAGACGAGCCACAACUCAACCCGUGUCAGCCAUCACCGUGUGGACCUUAUAGUUUGUGUCGGGCAGUCAACGGCCAUAGCGUUUGUACUUGUGAAACGGGAUACAUCGGAACGCCACCUACUUGUCGCCCUGAAUGUAUUGUUAGUUCAGAAUGUCCACAAGACAAAGCAUGCGUUAAUAAGAAAUGUCUAGAUCCUUGUCCAAAUACUUGUGGGUUGAAUGCACGCUGUCAAGUUGUUACACACAAUCCAAUAUGCAGUUGCACUCCUGGAUAUACUGGCGAUCCCUUUACUAGAUGCACAUUGACAGAAAGGACGGUACCAACUAAUCCGUGUGACCCAUCACCCUGCGGGGCAAACUCGGAAUGUCGUGUGAUAGGUGACCAAGCGGCUUGUUCUUGCCUACCAAAUUAUAUUGGAAGAGUACCAAAUUGUCGGCCAGAAUGUUCAAUCGAUCCUGAAUGUCCUAGCAAUGCAGCCUGUAUUAACGAACGCUGUAAAGAUCCAUGCCAGAAUGCCUGUGGAUUAAAUGCACUAUGUAUGACAGUGAAUCAUAAAGCUAUCUGUAAUUGCCAGCAAGGUUUCACUGGAGACGCUACUGGGAACUGCAUUCAAAUUGUUAUUUCGUCGACGGAAAUGACACCGACCUCAAGUCCAUGUUCCCCUUCACCGUGUGGACCAAACGCGGAAUGUCGUGAAUUUAAUGGAGCGGGAGCUUGCUUCUGUUCCGAAGGAUAUGAGGGUGACGCCUACAGCUCGCAAGGAUGUCGUAGAGAAUGUGAAAACAAUGAUGAUUGUCCAUUAAACCUAGCUUGUACGCGUUUCAAAUGUAUCGAUCCCUGUCCGAGAACUUGCGGACAAUUUGCACAAUGCAUUGUUGAAAAACAUAUACCAGUCUGCACUUGUCCCAGAGGUUAUACCGGGGACCCAUUCUUCCAGUGUAAACAAAUAGUUUUGAAAGAUGUUCCACCUUCAAACCCAUGUGAGCCUACUCCCUGCGGUCCAAACAGUCAAUGCAGACAAGUAAAUAUGCAAGCGGUAUGCUCAUGCUUACCAAAUUAUGUGGGUUCUCCACCAUCAUGUAGACCACAAUGUAUUGUAAAUAGUGAAUGUGAUUCAUCAAAGGCGUGUAUAAAUCAAAAAUGUGAUGAUCCCUGCCCGAACACUUGUGGCUUGAGAGCACAUUGCCAAGUCAAGAAUCAUAACCCUAUUUGUACAUGUCCAGCUGGUAUGACUGGAGAUCCGUUUACGCAAUGUUACCAAAUUCCAUCUAGUACUACCGAACGUCCUCCUUCUUGCACUCCUUCGCCCUGUGGACCCCACUCACGGUGCCAAUUGUUAUCGAGUGGACCUGCUUGUUCUUGUCUGCCGGGUUAUAUUGGCUCACCACCAUCAUGUCGUCCUGAGUGUACAAUCAAUUCUGAAUGUCCGGCUUCCUUAGCUUGCGUUCGACAAAAAUGUGAAGACCCAUGUCCAGGUUCAUGCGGAGUGGAGGCCAAUUGUCACGUCUUGAAUCAUGUAGCAGUUUGCGUCUGUAAUGAAGGCUACACAGGAGAUCCAUUCUCCAGAUGUUCUCCAUUUAGUGAGGUUCUUACAACCCCUGCACCGCAAGAUCCAUGUAAUCCGUCACCUUGUGGGUCAAACGCUAAAUGUGAUAAUGGAUUCUGUACAUGUUUACCGGAAUAUAGAGGAAAUCCUUACGAAUCAUGUCGACCGGAAUGCACCGGCAGCCAAGAAUGUCCUAGAGACAAAGCUUGCUUCCGCAAUAAGUGUCAAGAUCCUUGUCCAGGUGUAUGCGGGCAAAAUGCCAAAUGCGAUGUUAUUAACCAUAUACCAAGUUGUUCAUGUAUUGCUGAUUAUACCGGAAAUCCAUUUGUACAUUGUCAACCAAUGGAAAGAGAAAAGUCUAGACCUAACGACCCAUGCCAUCCGUCGCCUUGCGGACCGAAUAGUAUCUGUAAAAAUGUAGACAAUACAGCCGUAUGCGCUUGUGUAGAAGGCUUCCAAGGAUCGCCACCAGGCUGUAGACCUGAGUGCGUUGUUAGUUCUGAAUGCCCAUCAACAAAAGCGUGUGUUAAUAAAAAAUGUGUUAAUCCCUGUAUCAACGCAUGUGGUCUCUUGGCACGUUGUGAGGUUAUUAAUCAUAGUCCUAUCUGUAGCUGUAACGUUGGUCAGACAGGAGACCCAUUUAAGAGCUGCUUUGACAUCAUAAUAACACCAAAUGAUCCCGUCGACGCGUGCAAUCCUUCACCGUGUGGACCGAACUCGAUAUGUGUUGAAAGAAAUGGAAAGGCUAAUUGUAGAUGCGCCGAUGACUAUAUAGGACAACCUCCAAACUGUAGACCAGAGUGUGUGAUUAAUCCCGACUGUCCUUCCAAUCAAGCAUGUAUAAGAAACAAAUGUAUAGAUCCUUGUCCGGGCUCAUGUGGAGUAAAUGCUGACUGUAUUAUUGUCAGUCACACAGUCUCAUGUGUUUGCCGUGAACAAUUUACUGGAAAUCCAUUUUUACAAUGUGUCCCACAAGAAGAAAAAGUUGUGAAACCAUGUGAUCCUUCACCCUGUGGAAUGAAUGCUGUGUGUACUCAAAGAGAUGGAGCUGGUGCAUGUUCUUGCUUAGAGGGUUAUCAAGGAAAUCCAUAUGAAGGAUGUAGGCCUGAAUGUGUUUUAAGCUCAGAUUGUUCAGCAGACAAAUCUUGCAUUCGUAAUAAAUGUGCUGAUCCAUGCCCAGGAAUCUGUGGAAACUUCGCUGAAUGUACUGUAGUAAAUCAUGUGCCUACAUGUGCUUGCCUUAAGGGAUAUUCCGGCAAUCCUUUUGUACAAUGUGCUAGAGAUGAACCAAUAGUGGAAGUUAAACCUUGUCAGCCCUCACCGUGUGGUCCAAAUAGUGUUUGUAGAGAAAACGGUGGCUUAGCCUCUUGUGAAUGUUUACCAGAAUAUAAAGGAGCACCACCUGAUUGCCGCCCAGAAUGUACUGUGAGCAGCGAAUGUCCACCUGAUCGUGCCUGUCAUAAACUCAGAUGUGCAGAUCCUUGCAGAGGAACUUGCGGUCUUGGUGCACAUUGUCAAGUUAUUAACCACAGCCCAUUAUGUAGCUGUCCCGCGGGCACUACUGGAGAUCCCUUUAGUCGGUGUCAAGAAAUAGAGUAUAGUAAAACAGAAGAUCCGUUGGAGCCCUGUUCUCCCAAUCCUUGUGGCCCUUACAGUGAAUGUCGACCAAUUAAUGGCUACCCUUCAUGUUCGUGUAACGGCGACUAUUUAGGUACGCCGCCAAAUUGCCACCCUGAGUGUCUAGUCAAUACCGACUGCCCAUCACACCAAGCCUGUAUAGCUGAAAAGUGCACUAACCCUUGUGAAGGCUCAUGCGGAUUUAGAGCCGAAUGUCGUGUACAAGACCAUAUACCUAUUUGCAGCUGCCCUACAAGAUAUUCUGGAGAUCCAUUCAUACAAUGUGCGGAAGUAAUCGUAUCAACGCCCCCACCAACUGCAGACCCUUGCAAUCCAUCACCAUGCGGAUCAAAUUCCAUAUGUGAUAAUGGCGUUUGCCUUUGUGCUAAAGGAUUCUUUGGAGAUCCUUAUUUCGGUUGUCGUCUUGAAUGCUCAACAAAUGGAGAAUGUUCACCAACACGUGCUUGUCAUGGUGGAAAAUGCUUGGAUCCCUGCCCUGGAGCCUGUGGGACUGGUGCCAUCUGUUCCGUUAACAACCAUAUACCAUCAUGUUCUUGUGCAGUCGGUACAUCAGGUGAUCCAUUCUCAUACUGUACGGAGAUCAUAAAAGAAGAACCACACCGAUCGCCAUGUACUCCAUCUCCUUGUGGACCAUACAGCGAAUGUACAGUGAGUACCAACGGUGCGGCUGCUUGUUCGUGCCGCUCUGGUCACAUUGGGUCACCACCAACUUGUCGUCCAGAAUGUCUCGUUAGCUCUGAAUGUAAAUUACAAGAAGCAUGUAUAGACCAUCGUUGUCGGGACCCGUGUGAAGGAGCUUGUGGUCGUGGAGCACGCUGCCAAGUUAUAGCACAUUCUCCAAUAUGUACCUGCACUGAUGGAUAUUCUGGUGAUCCGUUCACUUAUUGCUCACCAGUACCGAUAUCGCCCCCGACUCCAAUCGAUCCAUGUGAGCCAACGCCCUGUGGACCGAAUUCAAUAUGCGUUAAAACAGGAGAUAUACCAGCAUGUAGUUGUCAAGCGGGUUAUAUUGGGUCACCACCCAACUGUCGACCAGAGUGCACGAUCAGUGCUGAAUGUCCCGCGGCGUUGGCCUGUGUGUCUCAGAGAUGUAAAGAUCCAUGCGUGCACGCUUGCGGCUCCAACGCGGUGUGCUCUGUUGUAGAUCAUCGAGCGACAUGCGCCUGUGAACAUGGUUACCAAGGAGAUCCAUUCCAGGGUUGCAUUCCACCUAAAGCUCUAUCUGCAAUUGAAUAUUUGAAUCCUUGUGAGCCUUCCCCUUGUGGUGUAAAUGCGGAUUGUAAAGUACAAGGAAACGCAGGAUCUUGCACUUGUCGUCCUGAUUAUUUUGGUGAUCCAUAUCAAGGUUGCAGACCUCAGUGUUUAGCUGAUUCUGAUUGCUCUUUAAUGUUGGGAUGCGUAAACAACAAAUGUGUCGAUACUUGCCCCGGGGUAUGCGGGCUCAAUGCAGAAUGUUUUGUUACAAAUCAUAAACCGACGUGCAAUUGUCGAUUUGGUUUUACUGGAAAUGCGCUAGUCAUGUGCUCUCCAAUACUAGUAAAAGAUACAUCGACUGACGUGUGUAAUCCGUCCCCGUGUGGGCCAAAUGCACAAUGUAAAGUGAUUAACAACCAACCAGUAUGUUCAUGUUGGAGUAAUUACAUAGGAGCACCACCGAACUGUAAGCCAGAAUGUGUUAUAAAUUCAGAUUGUCAAACGAAUCGGGCUUGUAUGAAUAACAGAUGUGUAAAUCCAUGUCCAAGACCUUGUGGAAGUAACUCAGACUGUAAGGUAAUAAACCAUAGCCCUGUUUGCUCUUGCCGACAAGGAUAUACUGGAGAUCCGUUCAUAUCAUGUACCCGGAAAUUACAAGUUGCAUUCUCUAUAGAAGAACAUACAGACCCUUGCUUAUCUUCGCCAUGUGGACUUUAUGCGGAAUGUAGGAAUGCGAAUGGGUUGCCGUCCUGCUCGUGUCUUCCAUCUUAUAUUGGAUCUCCGCCAUUUUGUAAACCUGAAUGUGUAGUGCAUUCUGAUUGCCCUAGUGAUAAGGCCUGCAUUUCUGAAAAAUGUCGAAAUCCGUGUGAUGGCUCAUGUGGUUUAUAUGCCAACUGUUUUGUUAACCGACAUGUAGCUGUCUGUUUAUGUUCAGAAGGAUUCACUGGGGACCCGUUUAGAGAAUGCAAAACUUCAGCUAUUAAAGAAACUGUACUUUAUGAACCUAGUGAUCCCUGCAGACCUAGUCCAUGUGGUGCCAAUGCAAUCUGUAACAAUGGAGUUUGUACUUGUAUAGCUGACUAUAAUGGAGAUCCAUACUUCGGAUGUAGACCAGAAUGUCUUUAUAAUACAGAUUGUGCUCGAAACAAAGGUUGCCAAAAGAAUAAGUGCGUAGAUCCAUGUAUAGGCACAUGUGGACUUCACGCCAUAUGUGAAGUCAACAAUCACGUCCCCAUGUGUUCUUGUCCGCGUGGAAUGAGUGGCAACGCCUUUAUUGAAUGUCGUGCUAUAAGCGUUAUUAACAAAAGCCCCUGUCAACCUUCACCAUGUGGUCCCAACAGUCAAUGUCAGCAAUCACACGGCCAAGCAGUAUGCUCAUGCCUACAGGGAUAUCGUGGUAGCCCUCCUAACUGUAGACCAGAAUGUGUUGUGAGUUUAGAAUGUCCACUAAAUGCAGCGUGUCAGAACCAAAAAUGUGUUAAUCCAUGUCAAGGUGCUUGUGGUAUAGCUGCCGUAUGUGAAGUUAUAAACCAUAAUCCAAUUUGUACUUGCCCAGCAUCAUUCACUGGAGAUCCCUUCAGAAAAUGCGAUUACAUUGUAAAUGUACCAAUCCAAAUCAAUCCCUGUGAGCCAUCUCCUUGCGGACCCUAUUCGACCUGUAGAAGUAAAGACGACGGACCAGUUUGUGCUUGUCUCGAUAAUUACAAGGGAACACCACCACAUUGCAAGCCAGAAUGUAUAAGUAAUAGCGAAUGCGAUCACAAUCAAGCUUGUAUGAACCAAAAAUGUUCUGACCCAUGUAUAGGAAGCUGUGGAAUUAACUCUGAAUGCAGAGUUGUUAGUCAUUCUCCAGUUUGCCUCUGUCAAUCGGGUUACACAGGUGAUCCAUUUUCACAUUGUAGCUUAGAAGUUAUAUCUCGACCAAGUGAAAGUUUACACCCCUGCAAUCCAAAUCCUUGUGGAGCAAACGCUAUAUGUAGAGAGCAAAAUGGAAUAGGCGCUUGCCUAUGUGCAGAGACUUAUACUGGUAACCCGUACGAGGGAUGUCGACCCGAAUGUGUUGUAGAUUCCGACUGCCCCCUAAACAAGGCCUGUUCAGGCAUGAAAUGUGUUGAUCCAUGUCCCGGUUCUUGUGGAGUAAAUGCGUUCUGUCUUGUAAGCAAUCAUAAGCCAAACUGUAUUUGUCAGUCUGGAUAUACUGGAAAUCCAUUUAGUCACUGUGGUAUCCUACAAGAACCUCAAAUCUUGGAAACAUACCCGUGCAGUCCGAGUCCAUGUGGUGCUAACAGCCAAUGCAAAGAAAUACAAGGUCAGGCAGUGUGCUCUUGUUUACCAUUAUUUGUAGGAGCACCGCCCUAUUGUCGCCCAGAAUGUGUUAUGAGCUCCGAAUGCCCGCCGAACUUGGCUUGUAUCGACCAAAAAUGUUCUGACCCAUGUGUAGGAAGUUGUGGUGAGAGGGCCAGUUGUAACGUUAUCAACCAUAGCCCUAUCUGUGUAUGCAAUCAAGGUUUGACUGGAAAUCCAUUUUCAAGAUGUUACCCGAUGAUAAUUUCGUCACAGCCAGACCAGUCGCAAUCUUCAGAUCCAUGCUUAUCAUCGCCGUGUGGUCUCUAUGCAAUAUGUCGCAACGUUGGAGGGGCACCGUCUUGUGCAUGCGAAACUAAUUAUAUCGGAACCCCUCCUAAUUGCAGACCUGAGUGUACCAUUAAUUCUGAAUGCGCUAGUGAUCAAGCGUGCAUUAACGAGAAAUGUAGAGAUCCAUGUUUAGGCUCAUGUGGAUUAAAUGCACAAUGUAGAGUAUUCCAUCACAUCGCGCAGUGUAGCUGUUUGGAAAAAUACAAAGGAGAUCCAUUCAUUCAAUGUCACCCUGAAAUUGAAAGAGACGAAAUUCCGGAAUUGGAUCUAUGUAAUCCAUCACCAUGUGGUCCAAACGCUGAAUGUGACGAAGGCAAAUGUACUUGUAUACUUGAUUACCAAGGUGAUCCAUACGUCGGUUGCAGACCGGAAUGUCUCGUGAGCAGCGACUGCUCUCACGAUAAAGCAUGUUUCAAAAAGAAAUGUGUCAAUCCAUGCAUAAACACAUGUGGCCGUCAGGCUAUAUGCAACGUUAUUAAUCACGUACCGAUGUGUACAUGUUUGCCGCAUCACACAGGAAAUGCGUUUGUAGAUUGUAAACCUAUAACAAUUAUUGAAGACGUAAAUCCCUGUCAUCCGUCUCCAUGUGGACCUAACAGUCAAUGUAGAGAAGUUAACGGUCAAGCCAUUUGCACAUGUCUACCAGGAUUUAAAGACGCCCCACCAACAUGCAGACCCGAAUGUGUCACUAGCUCUGAAUGUCCUCUUAAUAGAGCCUGCUCUGGUCAAAAAUGUAUAGAUCCAUGUAAAGGAAAUUGUGGACUUGGAGCUAUUUGUCAAGUAAUAAAUCACAAUCCCAUAUGCUCAUGUCCUACAGGAUUCACAGGUGAUCCGUUCAGUAAAUGUAUACAAAAAGAAAACGAAGAACCGCCUUACGUUAAUCCAUGUCAGCCAUCACCUUGUGGUCCCAAUGCAAUUUGCAAAGAAAUCAAUGGAUCGCCGUCGUGUGCAUGUCUUGAUGAAUAUACAGGAAGUCCACCAAAUUGUAAACCAGAAUGUAUUGCAAAUUCAGAAUGCCCCAAUGAAUUAGCCUGUAUUAACGAAAAGUGUAAAGAUCCUUGUCCAGGGUCAUGUGGAUCCGGUGCUGAAUGCAAGGUCGUGAGCCACGCACCUCAGUGUUACUGCCCACCAGGUUUUACUGGUGACUCAUUUAUAAAUUGUAUUGUGAUAGAUGUACCACUUACACCAUGUUCGCCGUCUCCUUGUGGCCCCAACGCUUUAUGUAAAGAAUUCAACGGUGCCGGAUCAUGUGUAUGUUUACCUGAGUAUAUAGGAAACCCCUACGAGGGUUGUCGCCCAGAAUGUAUUGUUAAUUCAGACUGCGCAUCUAAUUUGGCCUGUAUUCAAAACAAAUGUCAAAACCCCUGUAAUAAUGUUUGUGGACUAAACGCCAUUUGUAAUGUUAUAAAUCAUUCACCUAAAUGCGAGUGUCUACCUGGUUAUGUUGGGAGUCCGUAUCAAGAAUGUAUCGUAAAACUUAAUGUUGAAAUCUUGCCUCAAAGGAAUCCAUGUACCCCGUCACCCUGUGGUCCUAAUAGUAUUUGUAAGGAGGCCAACAAUCAAGCCAUCUGCACGUGUAAAGUUAAUUAUUUGGGCUCUCCACCAUCUUGUAGACCAGAAUGUCUUAUUAGUUCAGAAUGUUCACAACAUCUAGCAUGCAUAAAUGAAAGGUGUAAAAACCCAUGCGAUGGAGUUUGUGGUAUUGACGCAGAAUGCAAAGUUAUAAACCAUAGCCCUAUUUGUUCCUGUACAUCUCAGUAUACAGGAGAUCCGUUUAAUAGGUGUUACAGAGUUGUGGAAACACCUGUUGUACAGACAAAUCCAUGCGUACCGAAUCCAUGUGGACCUUUCUCACAAUGUCGUGAUACGAACAAUUCACCGUCUUGUUCUUGUUUACCGCAAUACAUAGGCAGUCCACCUAAUUGCCGCCCUGAGUGCACGAUUAACACAGAUUGUGUAAGUGACAAGGCUUGUAUUAAUGAAAAAUGUGUUGACCCAUGUCCUGGGUCCUGUGGAUUGAAUGCUGAGUGUCGAGUUCAGAAUCAUAUAUCAAUUUGUACAUGUAUAGAGGGAUAUAUCGGGGAUCCGUUCCAAAGUUGUGUUUUAAAGCUCCAUCAAGAAGUAACUCCGCGUGACCCUUGUAAUCCGUCACCUUGCGGUGCAAACGCGAUAUGCAAUAAUGGUAUUUGUACCUGCCUGCUUGAAUAUAAUGGUGAUCCAUACUUUGAAUGCCGACCUGAAUGUACAAUUAGUUCAGAAUGUCCUAUGGAUAAAGCAUGUGUUAGAAAUCGGUGCGUCAAUCCGUGUAAUAAUACUUGUGGCUUAGAUGCGGUGUGUAAUGUGAUGAAACAUAUGGCUAUUUGUACGUGCCCACCCAAAAUGACAGGAAAUGCAUUUUUGCGAUGUUCUCCAAUGCGAGAAGCUGUGAUUAGUAACCCUUGUGAGCCCAGUCCCUGCGGACCUUACAGUCGUUGUACGGAACAUAACCAACAAGCCAUAUGCUCCUGUAUGUCUGGUUAUCAAGGAGCGCCUCCAUCAUGUCGUCCAGAAUGUGUUAGUAGUGCCGACUGCACACUAAACAGGGCUUGUAGUAACCAAAAAUGUAUCAACCCUUGUGAAGGAGUAUGUGGUGUUGGAGCCAAAUGUCAAGUGAUAAAUCACAACCCCAUUUGUAUCUGUCCAUCUGGAUAUACAGGGGAUCCUUUUACCAGAUGUAUAAAUAUGCCUCUCUUUGAGCCAACAAAAACCAAUCCUUGCCAGCCAUCACCGUGUGGUCCGAACUCUGUAUGCCAAGAAACAGCAACGGCAACUGCAUCAUGUCAGUGUUUACCCAACUUUAUUGGCUCUCCGCCAAACUGCCGCCCCGAGUGCAUAUCUAACACUGAAUGUUCACAACUUCAAGCUUGUAUAAACAGAAAAUGUCAAAAUCCUUGUAACCAAGCAUGUGGAGCGAAUUCGGAAUGUCGCGUUGUAAGUCAUUCAGCUCUUUGUAUAUGUCCAAACGGAUAUACUGGAGACGCCGCAGUAAAAUGCACCUUGACUGCUUUGGUUUCCGUUGAAGAAAUAAAUCCUUGCUCACCAUCACCUUGUGGAUCAAAUGCUGAAUGUAUUACGCGUAGUGGGACAGGAGCUUGUAUAUGUCUAAAAGGUUACUUUGGAGAUCCGUAUGAAGCUUGUCGACCUGAGUGUAUAGUUAACUCUGACUGUCCAAGCAACAAAGCGUGUGCCAAAAACAAAUGUGUUGAUCCAUGUCCUGGUACUUGUGCUAUUAAUGCGGAAUGUCAAGUUGUUAAUCACUCACCUAUAUGUACAUGUCCUCCGCAGUACUCUGGAGACCCAUUCAGGCAUUGUAUAUUAAGCAUUCGUGAUAUGAUCCCAAGUAAUCCUUGUCAACCGUCACCAUGUGGUCCAAAUAGUCAGUGUAGGACAUUAAAUGAACAAAGUGUAUGCUCUUGUUUGCCCGAAUAUUACGGAUCGCCACCUAAUUGUAAACCGGAAUGUGUCAUAAAUGCAGAAUGUCCUACAGACAAAACAUGCAAAAAUCUUAAAUGUGUUUCAACUUGCCCUGGUCCGUGCGGACAAAAUACUGAUUGCAAAGUAAUUAAUCAUAGUCCAAUCUGCACUUGUUCACCAACCUAUACUGGAGAUCCAUUUUCACGGUGCUAUAAAGUUAUUGCUUCAGUAGAUAUUCAUCCUGUAAGGGAUCCCUGCAUACCUUCACCGUGUGGACCCAAUUCUCUAUGUAAAAAUAACAACGACCUUCCGAUUUGUUCAUGUUUGCCGCUGUACGAGGGCAGCCCACCAAAUUGUAGACCAGAAUGUACGAUAAACGAAGAUUGUUCUGGUCACCUUGCUUGCAUAAAUCAAAAGUGCCAAGAUCCAUGCCCAGGUUCUUGUGGCAUAAAUGCAGAUUGUUUUGUCAAAAAUCAUAUAUCAAUUUGUAAUUGCCAAGAUGGUUAUACUGGAAAUGCCUUUACCCAGUGCACUCCGGCUCCACAAAAUGUUCCUAUAGAAAUUGAUCCGUGUAAUCCAACGCCUUGUGGAACUAAUGCACAAUGUAACAAUGGUAAAUGCAGUUGCCUUCCCGAAUUCCAUGGAGAUCCAUACAGUGGUUGUCGUCCUGAGUGUACUUUAAGCACAGACUGUGAUCGCACCAAGGCUUGCAUUAGAAAUAAAUGUACAGAUCCGUGUCCCGGCACUUGCGCUUCAAAUGCAAUAUGUAAUGUUGUUAAUCAUAUUCCAAUGUGUAGUUGCCCCGAGCGGAUGACAGGAAAUGCCUUUAUAGAAUGUCAUAUAGUAUCGGAACCGAACAACAUAAAUCCUUGUCAGCCAUCUCCAUGUGGUCCUAAUAGUCAAUGUCGCGUUUUAAAUGGUCAAGCCGUAUGUUCCUGCAAUCCAAACUUCCUUGGCAGUCCACCAGCUUGUCGACCAGAAUGCACAAUAUCUGCCGAGUGUCCGUUGAACCAGGCGUGCAGUAAUCAGAGAUGUACGAACCCAUGUGUUGGUGCUUGUGGAGUAGAUGCUGAAUGUCAAGUUGUAAAUCAUAGUCCUAUAUGUUCCUGCCCAUCUAUGUUCUCCGGAAAUCCAUUUUCUCGAUGCUUCAAACUUCCCGAAAAACCGCAAAUUCAAAUUGAUGUUUGUUCUCCUUCACCAUGUGGUCCUAAUUCAAUUUGUAAAAUUAUCAACGAAGUACCAUCUUGUACGUGCCUUGAAAAUUACCAUGGACAACCACCAUAUUGUCGACCCGAAUGUUCAAGCAAUGAAGAAUGCUCCGCCCAAAUGUCCUGUGUCAAUAUGAGAUGUAUCAAUCCAUGUGAAGGAGCAUGUGGGAGCAACGCAGAAUGUAGAGUAGUCAGUCAUUCGCCAAAUUGCAUAUGUACUUACGGAUAUACAGGUGACCCAUUCUUCGGAUGUAUUAUAGAACCCUUACGUGACGAAAUUAUUACAAGUCCAUGUUCGCCUUCACCGUGUGGAUUUAAUGCUAUUUGUAAGGAGAAGAAUAACGCCGGGUCUUGUGCCUGUGUUGACGGUUAUAUUGGAAAUCCAUAUGAAGGGUGCCGACCUGAAUGUGUUGUGAAUACGGAUUGCCCGAGUAAUAAAGCUUGUGCCAAUAAUAAGUGUACUGAUCCCUGUCCUGGCAGCUGCGGCUCAAAUGCCCUCUGUCAAGUAGUCAAUCACGCACCAUUAUGCACGUGUAACAGCGGCUAUACUGGGGAUCCAUUUAGAAAUUGUGUAUACCAAGAACCUCUACCGGUGCAACCCACCGAUAUUUGUUAUCCUUCGCCGUGUGGACCUAAUAGCCAAUGUAAGGCCAUCAAUAAUCAAGCCGUAUGCUCAUGUUUACAAGAAUACAUCGGAACUCCACCAAACUGUCGUCCGGAAUGUGUUGCAAGUUCAGAAUGUCAACAUGACAUGGCUUGCAUAAAUAAUAAAUGUAUUAAUCCAUGCGUAAAAGCUUGCGGCAUUAACGCUAACUGCAAAGUUAUCAAUCAUAGCCCUAUUUGUUCCUGCAAGAGGUCUUAUACAGGAGAUCCAUUUACCAUUUGUACCUUUUCUUCUCCUGUAUCAUAUCCUCAAGAGACAAGUGACCCUUGCGUACCAUCACCGUGUGGACCCAAUUCAGUGUGUAGGAAUAUUGGCACUUCACCAUCGUGUUCAUGUCUAUCCGAAUUCAUCGGAAAUCCACCUAACUGCAGACCAGAGUGCACGAUACACGCAGACUGUGCCAGUGACCGCGCUUGUAUCAACUCGAAAUGCCGAGACCCUUGUCCCGGUUCUUGUGGGUUAUCUGCAACGUGUCACGUUCUUAACCACAUUCCGAUAUGCUCAUGUCUUACUGGUUACAUUGGAGAUCCAUUCACAAAUUGCAGACCUCAACCAUUACAAGUUGAAGCAACAGUAACUGAUUCAUGUUCGAAUGUGCGAUGUGGAUCAAAUGCUGAAUGCAUUAAUGGCCAUUGUCAAUGCUUACAAGAUUAUAAGGGAGAUCCAUACUUCAGUUGUCGUCCCGAAUGCGUAGUAAGCACGGAUUGUGAGACUAAUAAAGCCUGCGUUCAAAAGAAAUGUGUCAAUCCUUGCAUAGAUGCCUGUGGACUAAAUGCAAUUUGCCAAGUAGUCAAUCAUAUUCCCAUGUGUAGUUGUACUACAGGUCAUACUGGCAACGCGUUUAUUGCGUGCAAUCCAUUUAAAGCCCAGCCUAUAGAAAAUCCUUGUAGUACUGCAAUUUGUGGACCAAACAGUCAGUGUAGAAUGAUAAAUAAUCAGGCCGUUUGUUCGUGUCUCCCAACAUAUUUGGGUGUCCCACCUGCAUGUAGACCAGAAUGUACCGGAAACUCAGAAUGUGCAUUAAACCAAGCUUGUAUGAACCAAAAGUGUGUUAACCCUUGCAUUGGAGUAUGUGGAAUAAGAGCUACUUGUGAAGUUAUCAAUCAUAAUCCAGUAUGUGCUUGUCCAAACCGAUACUCUGGUGAUCCGUUUGUGCAGUGUAAUCUUGUACUGAGUUCACCUGUGGUUGUGAAUCCCUGCCAACCAUCUCCCUGCGGUCCAAACUCAAUUUGCCACGAAACAAAUGAUAGUCCUUCAUGUAGUUGCAUGCCUGGCUUUAACGGCCAACCUCCUUAUUGUAGACCAGAAUGUAUUAGUAACAGUGAAUGCGCACCUCACUUGGCUUGCAGAAAUCAGAAAUGUCAAGAUCCAUGCACAGAAGUCUGUGGAGAGAACUCAGAGUGUCAUGUUGUCAGUCACGCUGCAAUGUGUGUCUGCCCUCAAGGUUAUGGAGGAGAUCCCUUUACUAGGUGUAUCAUACAUACUACAGUUGAAGUAUUAAAUCCAUGUUUUCCAUCUCCAUGUGGAUCAAACGCCGCCUGUAGGGAACAAAAUCGAGUAGGAUCGUGCACUUGCAAUGAAGGCUUCUUUGGAAACCCUUACGAAGGCUGCAGACCAGAAUGUGUUAGUGACUCAGAUUGUCCCGGAAAUAAGGCUUGCGUGGGUAAUAAAUGUCAAGACCCAUGCCCGGGAGCUUGUGGAAUAAACGCGGAGUGUACUACAAUCAACCAUUCACCCACGUGUGCUUGUAUUAAUGGAUAUACAGGUGACCCAAAUAGACGAUGCAAUCUUGUUUCAAUCACAGCAAUAACAACUGCCAUUUGCCAACCAAGCCCAUGCGGCCCAUACAGCCAAUGUAAGAAUAUAAAUAACCAAGCAGUCUGUAGUUGUUUGCCCAACUUCGUUGGUGAGCCGCCUAAUUGUAGACCUGAAUGUUUGAUUAAUUCUGAGUGCUCCUCAAAUUUAGCUUGUUUUAACCAAAAAUGUAUAAACCCUUGUCCCGAUACUUGCGGAGUGAAGUCAGAGUGUCGGGUGAUACACCACAAUGCAAUAUGUAGCUGUCUUCAAGGUUUCACUGGAGAUCCAUUCACAAGGUGUUAUAAAAAACCAGUCGAAGUACCACAACUAGAUGAAAACAAAGAUCCAUGUGUUCCAAGCCCGUGCGGCGCAAACGCAGAAUGCCGAGUAAUUUUUGGACAAGCUUCAUGUUCAUGUACUGCGGGAUAUUUAGGUAGCCCUCCUAACUGUAGGCCAGAGUGUGUAACUAAUGAGGAUUGUAUAAGUUCUCUAGCCUGCAUAAAUGAGAAAUGUAUAGAUCCCUGUCCUGGUGCUUGUGGACAAAAUGCCAAAUGCACUGUCAAUAAACAUUUGUCGAUCUGUACAUGUUUAGAUGGCUAUGCGGGGGAUUCGUUUACAUCAUGUCACUUACAACCACUACGAGAGCCUGUAGAAGCUGAUUUAUGCAACCCUUCGCCGUGUGGGUCUAAUUCAAUAUGUGAAAACGGAGAGUGCUCAUGUAUUCCAGACUAUCAUGGUGAUCCUUACGUAGGUUGCAGACCUGAAUGUAUUACAAGUUCUGACUGUCAAAGAAAUCAAAUCUGUCUCAAAAAGAAAUGCUUUAACCCGUGCCCUGAAACAUGCGGUUCGAACGCAGUAUGUGAAGUAAUCAAUCAUAUACCAAUGUGUACUUGUAUGUCAGGCUUCUCUGGGAAUGCAUUCGUAUCCUGCAAUCAUAUUCAAGCUCCAAUAUCUAUUAUGCCAUGCAAUCCGAGUCCAUGCGGACCAAAUAGUCAGUGCCGCGAAGUAAACAAUGUAGCAGUAUGUUCUUGUAUUUCUGGUUACUCUGGAAACCCACCAACUUGUAGGCCAGAAUGUACCACCAGUGGAGAGUGUCAAUUAAAUAAAGCAUGCAAUAAUUAUAAAUGCAUAAAUCCCUGUGUGGGCGCCUGUGGUUUCAAUGCUAUUUGUGAAGUAGUUAAUCAUAAUCCUAUAUGCUCCUGCCCUAAUGAUUUAACUGGGGAUCCGUUUAGUAGAUGUAUUCCGAAGCCUUUGGAAAUACCACCUUAUACAAACCCUUGUAUUCCUUCACCAUGUGGGCCAAAUGCAAUAUGUCAAGAAGUAAAUGGAUCACCUUCGUGUUCUUGCGCGAAUGAUUUUAUUGGAUUACCUCCUAACUGCCGACCUGAAUGUAUCAGCAACAGUGAAUGCCCGAGUAACAUGGCAUGUAUUAAUAACAAAUGUGGCAACCCUUGUCAGGGUGCAUGCGGUUCCUAUGCAGAAUGCCGAGUCGUCAGUCAUACUCCAACUUGUGUUUGCUCUGUUGGAUAUAAUGGAGAUCCAUUUGUUUCCUGUAAAGUUACAAGUAUAGCUAUUGAACAAUCUUCGCCCUGUACACCUUCACCGUGCGGUAGUAAUGCUAUAUGUAAACAGCGUAACAAUGCCGGUUCGUGUUCGUGUCUGACGGGAUAUUUUGGAAACCCAUAUGAGGGAUGUCGACCAGAAUGCGCGGUCAAUACUGACUGUCCUUCUGAUAAAGUUUGUCAACAAAGUAAAUGUCAAGACCCCUGUAUAGGGACAUGUGGCAUCAAUGCGCAAUGUCACACUGUGAAUCACGCUCCGCUUUGCACUUGUUUGCCAGGAUACACCGGUGAUCCCUUCAGAAAUUGUAUUUUCAAACAAGAAAUUGAAGUGAUAACAAAUCCAUGCUCACCUUCACCUUGCGGUCCUAAUGGUAUUUGCAAUGUUAAAAAUGAACAAGCCAUAUGCAGUUGUAAUCCAGAAUAUCGAGGAUCGCCACCUAACUGUCGCCCUGAGUGUGUGAUUAGUGCAGAAUGUUCGAGUGAUAAAGCUUGUGUUGGUCAAAAAUGUGUAGACCCUUGUUUGGGACAGUGUGGACAGAAUGCAAAAUGUCGUACUAUAAACCACAGUCCAAUAUGCACUUGCAAAGAUAAAUAUACUGGAGAUCCUUUCAGUCGAUGUUAUCCAAUUAUCUUACAUGCAGUUGAAGAUACAACCAAAAAUCCUUGUUCACCGUCCCCAUGUGGUCCGUUCAGCCAAUGUUUAGAAAUUGGUAGUAUACCAUCAUGCACUUGUUUACCAGACUAUAUCGGUUCUCCACCAAAUUGUAGACCAGAAUGUGUUAUCAAUUCUGAUUGUUCUAGUAACUUAGCAUGUAUUAAUCAGAAAUGUAAGGAUCCGUGCCCUGGAUCAUGUGGUAUAAAUGCUCAAUGUAUUGUAAGGAAUCACUCUCCUAUUUGUACUUGUCUGGUUAACUUUGUUGGAGAUGCAUUCACAGAAUGUAAACCACAAGUUGCAGAAGUAAUACAAGAUACAAUCGAUCCUUGUGAUCCAUCACCUUGUGGGCCCAAUGCAGUAUGUAACAACGGUGAAUGUUUAUGUUUGCCUGAAUUCCAUGGCGAUCCUUACUUCGAAUGUCGACCAGAAUGCGUGCUCAGCUCAGACUGUGAUAGAAAUAAAGCAUGUCACAAAAACAAAUGCGUUAAUCCCUGCAAUGCACAAGUGUGUGCAACAAAUGCAAUAUGUGAAGUAACAAAUCAUAUACCUAUGUGCAGAUGUCCAGAAAAUAUGUUUGGAAAUGCUUUUGUAAAGUGUUCCCCAAUAGAAGCUGUUCCUCAACAACCUUGUAAUCCUUCACCUUGUGGACCAAACAGCCAAUGUCGCGACAUUAAUAGACAGCCUAUUUGCUCAUGCUUAGAAGGUUUUAUCGGAAUGCCACCAUCGUGUAGACCGGAAUGUGUAGUAAAUACUGACUGUCUGCCUGAUGAAGCUUGUUCAAAUAGAAAGUGCACUAAACCGUGUGAAGGAGCGUGUGGAGUUGGAGCAAAAUGUCAAGUUAUUAACCAUAAUCCUAUUUGUUCUUGCCCUCUGAGAUAUACAGGCAAUCCGUUCGUCCGAUGUUUCUUGCAAGAGUUUACACCGGAACAACAGAAUCCAUGCUUACCUUCGCCCUGUGGGCCGAAUAGCAUAUGUAAACAAAUCGCGGACUCGCCAUCUUGUUCGUGUCAGCCUGAAUAUUUUGGGACGCCACCACAUUGUAAACCCGAAUGCAUAAGUAAUUCUGAAUGUCCAACACAUCUCGCUUGCAUCAACGAAAAGUGUGUUGAUCCAUGUAUUGGAUCGUGUGGUUUGAAUACUGACUGUCACGUUAUAAGCCAUUCACCAUCAUGUUCCUGUUUACCUGAAUAUACUGGGGAUCCUUUUAUAGAAUGCCAUAGGAGAGAGGCUAUUGAAGAAAUUACAACACCAUGUCAGCCGUCGCCUUGUGGAGCAAAUGCUGUUUGUAAGGAGUUCAAGGGUGCCGGUUCCUGUACAUGUUUGCCAGACUUUUAUGGAAACCCGUACGAAGGAUGUAGACCCGAAUGUAUCAUAAAUUCAGAUUGCCCUCUAAACAAGGCAUGUUUGCAAAAUAAAUGUCAUGAUCCUUGUGAUGGUUCAUGCGCCCCUAAUGCAGUUUGCCAAGUUAUAAAUCACGCACCAUCGUGCUCUUGCCCACAAGGAUUUUCAGGCGAUCCAUUCAGAUAUUGCGUGGCUCAGAGAGAUGAGGUAACUACGCUGAAUGUAUGCAAUCCCUCUCCAUGUGGACCAAACAGUCGAUGUCAGGAGGUCAAUAAACAAGCUGUUUGUUCUUGUAUGCCGGAAUUCAUCGGAACACCGCCUGGUUGUCAUCCUGAAUGUGUUAUCAGUUCUGAAUGUCCAAAGGAAAAGACGUGUAUAAAUAAAAAAUGUGUCGAACCAUGUAAAGACACUUGUGGAGUGAAUGCAGAUUGUAGAGUUAUUAAUCACAAUCCUAUUUGUUACUGUAAACAAUUUUACACUGGAGAUCCAUUCACUAGAUGUAGUCCUUUGCCACCACCUAUAGCAAAUGCUGUCUUGGAACCUUACGGUAAUCCUUGCGUACCAUCCCCCUGUGGACCAAAUUCAAUAUGUAAAGAGGUUGGAAAUGUACCUUCUUGUACUUGCAUGGAACGUUUUGUUGGAAGUCCUCCAAACUGCAGACCAGAAUGUUUACUGAAUUCGGAAUGUCCAACCUCUAAGGCGUGUAUACAACAAAAAUGCCAAGAUCCAUGUUUAGGCGCAUGUGGAAUAAACGCUAUAUGCACUGUUACCAGACAUACACCAAUGUGCACCUGUACUGAUGGUUAUGUUGGGGAUGCUUUUACUGCGUGUAACCCUCAAUUAACGCCUGUGUACGAUGUCACCGAUGCCUGUAAUCCUUCACCUUGCGGCACAAAUGCUAUUUGUAAAGAAGGAAGCUGUACGUGUGUUGAGGGCUAUCAAGGCGAUCCUUACUUUGGAUGCCGCCCUGCGUGCGUUUUAAGCACAGAUUGUGCACGAAACAAGGCAUGUGUAAGGAAUAAAUGUGUUGAUCCGUGUGCAAACACAUGUUCAUUAACGGCUAUUUGCGAAGUCAUAAACCAUGUGCCCAUGUGUAGUUGUCCUCAUGGAAUGACUGGUAACGCAUUCUACGGAUGUGAAAAGAUACAAGUUCCAGUGAAAACAAAUCCAUGCCUCCCCUCACCUUGUGGGCCUAAUAGUCAAUGUCGGGAAGUAAACGGACAAGCUGUAUGCUCUUGUGUGGCGGGAUAUAUCGGAAGCCCACCCUCGUGUCGACCUGAAUGUGCUGUUAGCUCAGAUUGCCCUCUUAACUUAGCCUGUUCUAAUCAAAAAUGUAUCAACCCUUGCAAAGGCUCUUGUGGCGCGGAAGCCAUGUGUCAAGUUGUAAAACACAACCCAAUUUGCUCGUGUCCUCCGAAAUACACAGGAGACCCCUUCAUACGCUGUACUCCGUUUAGACCUCCUUUAGCAGAAGCCGCUCCAUGCACACCUUCCCCAUGUGGGCCUAACGCAAUAUGUAAAGAGGUUUCUGGAGCGCCAUCUUGUGCUUGUUUACCAAAUUUCUUUGGCUCACCUCCUUACUGUAAACCAGAAUGUAUAAGCAACAGCGAAUGCCCAACGAACAAAGCUUGCGUUAAUCAGAAAUGCCAAGAUGCUUGCUUAAACGCCUGCGGUCUCAACGCACAAUGUAAAACAAUCAGCCAUUCUCCAAUGUGUUUCUGUGAAGCAAGUCACACUGGUGACCCGUUCAGUAAUUGUUAUUUACAAAUAAAUGAACCAGAAAGAACUUCCCCUUGCGAACCAUCUCCGUGUGGCGCUAAUGCCAUAUGCAAAGAACAAGGGACCGCCGGAUCUUGCUCUUGUCUAUCUAAUUAUAUAGGAAACCCGUACGAAGGUUGUCGCCCUGAAUGUACUGUAAACACAGAUUGUACACCAGAUAAAACAUGCAUACGUAACAAAUGCCAAGACCCCUGUCCCGGUACUUGUUCAUAUAUGGCUAUUUGUACAGUGGUGAAUCAUUUGGCAUCAUGUAAUUGUCCAACUGGAUAUACAGGUGAUCCCUAUCGACAAUGUAUAAUUCAAAAAGAAGAAAUAAAAGAACCCACACCGUGCGUUCCAAACCCCUGUGGGCCUAAUAGUAUAUGCCGUCCAGUGAAUGGUCAAAGCGUAUGCUCCUGUAUGCCGAACUAUAUCGGGGCGCCACCUGGCUGUCGUCCCGAAUGUACAGCUAGUUCAGAAUGUUCUCCAGACAAGGCCUGUGUUAAUCACAAAUGCGUAAACCCUUGUCCUGGGCAUUGCGGCCUCAACGCUGAGUGCAGAGUGAUAGCUCAUAGUCCAAUAUGCACAUGUAAUCCUCAACACACUGGUGACCCAUUCACUAGAUGCUACUUACAAGUGCCAAUUGAAAAUGUACAGCACAGGGAUCCAUGUGUGCCAAACCCAUGUGGUGAUAAUGCAGUUUGUAGGAAUCGUAAUGAUUCACCAGUAUGUAGUUGCUUGCCAAACUUUGAAGGAGCACCACCGAAUUGCAGGCCGGAGUGUGCAAUCAGUCAGGAUUGUCCGUCUAAUAAGGCGUGUAUCAAUAUGAAAUGCAUUGAUCCGUGUCCAGGCAGUUGUGGCUUAAACGCGGAAUGUUCAGUAUUUAACCAUCUUCCAGCUUGCACAUGUCCCCAAGGAUUAACAGGAGAUCCCUUCACUCGUUGCAUUGUAGUAGAACCUAUAAGAGAUGAAACACCACAAGAUCUUUGUAAUCCAUCUCCUUGUGGAUAUAAUGCACAGUGCUAUAAUGGUAUCUGCACGUGCAUAGAUGAAUAUUUUGGCGAUCCAUAUUUUGGCUGUAAACCGGAAUGUAUUACGAGCAUGGAAUGUGCAUCAGAUAAAGUCUGUUCUCGUAAUAAAUGUAUUAACCCAUGUCCCGAUAUGUGUGCAUUGAGUGCAGAAUGCAAUGUUUUCAACCAUAUUCCUAUAUGUUCUUGUCCCACGGGCACGACUGGAAAUGCUUUUAUCGAAUGUCAUAGAACUGAAGUCAUUGAAGUGCAGCCAUGCAACCCAAAUCCAUGUGGACCAAAUAGCCAAUGCCGAGCUGUGAACAGUCAAUCGAUAUGCUCAUGUUUACCAACUUACAUUGGAAGCCCGCCAUCCUGUCGACCCGAAUGUACUUUAAGUUCAGAGUGCCCAUCGAACCAGGCAUGCAACAACCAUAAAUGUAUCAAUCCAUGCCUUGGUACAUGCGGAUAUGACGCUAGAUGCGAAGUUAUUAAUCACAAUCCCGUUUGUUCGUGUCCACCUCAAUACACAGGAGACCCAUUUACUCACUGUACAUCGAUUGUAUCUGCGCCCUUGCCACCUGUGGACCCCUGCACACCAUCACCUUGUGGACCACAUUCAAUUUGUAGAAUAAUAGGAGAAGCUCCUUCAUGCACCUGCAUGACAAAAUUCAUGGGGGCGCCACCCAACUGUCACCCAGAGUGUAUAAGCAACUCUGAAUGCCCAUCAAAUCUAGUAUGCGUUAAUCAGGAAUGCAAAGAUCCAUGUCCAGGGAGCUGUGGCUACAAUGCUGAUUGUGCGAUUGUCAGUCAUGGAUUAAUUUGCACAUGUCCGUUUGGACAAACUGGUGAUCCACUUAUAUCGUGCAACCCAAUAAGAGAUUCUGUCAUAGAAUAUAACUCCCCUUGUGAGCCUUCCCCUUGUGGCUUAAAUGCUGAAUGUAUCGAAAGAAAUGGUGCCGGGGCAUGUAAAUGUUUUGAUACUUAUAUUGGUAAUCCAUACGAGGGAUGCCGACCAGAAUGUGUCUUGAAUACGGAUUGCAGCCCAACUCUUGCUUGUAUCCAAAAUAAGUGCAAAGAUCCCUGUCCUGGAGUUUGUGCACCAAACGGAAUAUGUCAAGUUGUAAAUCACAUUCCGUCGUGCUACUGUCCCCCUGGCCUCGAUGGUGAUCCAUACACAUAUUGCAGACAAAAAGUUGAAGAUGUAAAAGUAACACCGUGCACUCCAUCUCCUUGCGGUCCAAACAGUCAAUGUCGAGAAAUAAACUCGCAAGCAAUAUGCAGUUGUCUUGAAAGUUACAUAGGAUCACCGCCUAGUUGCCGACCUGAAUGUACAAUAAACAGCGAAUGUUUAAGUGAUAAGGCAUGUAUUAAUCAAAAAUGUGUGGAUCCUUGUCGGGAUCAAUGUGGGCGUAAUGCUAAAUGUCGAGUGAUAUCUCAUAAUCCGAUUUGCUCGUGCCAAGAACAAUUUACUGGGGAUCCAUUUUCCUACUGCAUGCCAGUUGCGUUAUCAGAACCACAACGAGAACCGAGUCGAAAUCCAUGCUUCCCAUCACCAUGUGGACCUAAUUCUCAGUGCCAGGAAUAUAACCAGAACGUUCGAUGUACUUGUUUACCAAAUUAUAUAGGCACACCACCACGAUGCCGACCAGAAUGCACUGUCAGUUCUGAAUGUAACGCAGUCAGCGCAUGUAUCAAUAAUAAGUGUAAAGAUCCUUGUCCGGGUGCUUGUGGUAUGAACGCACAAUGCAAUGUUAAUAAACAUCUGCCAAUAUGCUCAUGUUUACCGGGAUAUACUGGUGAUCCCUUCUCACAGUGCAUCAUACAAUUAGCAGAACCAGACAUUGUGAAUCUAUGCUCACCGACACCAUGUGGGGCCAAUGCUUUGUGUAGCAAUGGUCAAUGUUCAUGUUUACCCGAAUAUUUCGGAGACCCUUACAUAGGCUGCAAACCCGAAUGCGUUCUUAAUAUAGAUUGUGACCGAAAUAAGGCCUGCGUAAACAAUAAAUGUGUAGAUCCCUGCCUUGGAACUUGUGGUAACGAUGCCACGUGUGAAGUUAUUAAUCACAUUCCUGCCUGUUCUUGCCCUUCUGGAACUAAGGGUGAUCCAUUCCAUUAUUGCAGUGUCAUUAAAGAAAUGGCCACACCAAUUAAUUUGUGUAGCCCCUCCCCAUGUGGACCGUACAGUCAAUGUCGGGAAAUAAACGGUCACGCUGUCUGCGUCUGUGUACAGGGCUAUGCAGGUUCACCACCCAAUUGUCGGCCAGAGUGUACACUUAGCUCAGAUUGUGGUCUCAACCAAGCGUGUUCAAACCAAAAAUGUAUUGACCCUUGUCCAGGAGCCUGUGGGCAAUAUAGUAACUGCAUAGUUAUCAAUCACAACCCUGUUUGCACCUGUUUACCCGGUUUUUCUGGCGAUCCAUUUACACUUUGUCAGCCAAUACGUGCAGCACCUCCAGUCAAAGUAAAUCCAUGUCUUCCAUCCCCUUGCGGACCAAACUCACAAUGUAUUGAAGUUGGCGAUGAUGCAAAUUGCAAAUGUUUACCAGAUUACAUCGGUGCACCACCGGCAUGCCGACCUGAAUGUACCAGCAAUACAGAAUGCUCUACAAAUAUGGCCUGUAUCAAUAGAAAAUGCCGUAACCCAUGUGAGGGUGCUUGUGGAAUCAAUAGUGAGUGUAGAGUAGUCAGCCAUACACCGAUAUGUAUUUGCCAAAACGGUUAUUCCGGUGAUCCAUUCAUUCAAUGCAGCAUUCAAGCGGAACCAGCAAUAACGGAGCAGCUCACGCCAUGCCUACCCUCACCUUGUGGAAGCAAUGCUGAAUGUAGAGAAAGUAAUAAUGUCGGUUCUUGUGUAUGCAUUCCGGGAUACUUUGGAGACCCAUACGUGUCUUGCAAACCUGAAUGCUUAUUAAACUCUGACUGUCCUUCAAACCAAGCGUGCAAGCAAAAUAAAUGCAUUGAUCCGUGUCCAGGAACCUGUGGUAUAAAUGCUCAAUGUUAUGUAACGAGUCACAUACCGAACUGUGUGUGUCCAGAACAAUACCUUGGAGAUCCAUACAAAAUAUGUAGCUUUAGACCUCAAACGGAAUUAUCAGAACCAUGUAAUCCAUCACCUUGUGGGCCAAACAGCAAAUGCAAUUCGCGAGAUAACAUUGCUGUCUGUACGUGCUUAGCCGGAUACCAAGGUUCACCUCCUAAUUGCAGACCUGAGUGCGUUUCAAAUGCAGAAUGCUCUCUCGACAAGGUUUGUGAGAAUCUUAAAUGCUUAUCACCUUGCCCUAGAGGUUGCGGCGUAAACUCCGAUUGCCGAGUCAUCAAUCACAAUCCUAUAUGUUCUUGUAAGCAAGGUUACAGUGGAGAUCCAUUCUCUAUUUGUUUUGUACUUGAAGUGGAACCAGUUUUAAGUUCGGCAUUAGAUCCAUGUUUAUCAUCUCCAUGUGGGCCUAAUGCUGAAUGUCGUAAUUUGGGUGGCAUAGCCUCUUGUUCCUGCAAAGUCGGAUUUAUCGCUAGUCCACCGAACUGUAGGCCAGAAUGUAUCAUAAACUCUGAUUGUAACACCAACGAAGCAUGUUUGAAUAUGAAAUGUCAAAACCCUUGCUUGGGAUCCUGCGGAUUACAGGCAAUCUGUAAUGUUGUGAAUCACGUGCCAGUUUGCUUAUGUCCACAAGGUUAUAAAGGAGAUCCCUUUACGCUUUGCAGUGUUCAAUUAGAAGAACAACCACAACAUCUAGACCCUUGCAAUCCUUCACCUUGUGGUCCAAACGCCGUUUGCAAUAAUGGUGAAUGUACGUGCCUAGCGGAGUACCAUGGUGACCCUUACUUUGGCUGCAGACCGGAAUGUGUUCUUAGCACUGACUGUUCCAAUGACAAGACGUGUUUGAGACACAAAUGUGUAGAUCCGUGUCGCGAUAUGUGCGGGGUAAAUGCUGAAUGUAAUGUCUACAAUCAUGUUGCCGUGUGCAGUUGUCCAAUACGCAUGACCGGCGACGCCUUUACACAAUGUCUGACUAUAGAAAAACCACCUACUAGACCAUGUGAAUCUUCUCCGUGUGGACCUAACAGUAUUUGUAGAGAAUUGAAUGGACAAGCUUUGUGUGCAUGUGUACAGGGAUAUAUAGGAAAUCCACCAAAUUGCCGACCAGAGUGCAUACAAAGUACCGAUUGUCAAGCAUCCUUAGCGUGUAUAAAUAUGAAGUGUCAAGAUCCUUGCCCCGGAUCGUGUGCAUCUAACGCAGAAUGUAGGGUCAUCAAUCACAAUCCUGUAUGUUCUUGUCCACCAAGAUAUACAGGUUCACCAUUUACACAUUGUUAUGUUCAACCACAGGAAGAAGAAGUUAAAAAUCCAUGCCACCCUUCACCAUGUGGGGCAAAUGGUUUGUGCACACCAACACCAAGUGGAGAGGCAAAAUGUUCAUGCCAACCAACUUUCGAAGGCACGCCACCUAAUUGCCGACGCGAAUGUAGAAUAAGCGAUGAGUGUCCCGCAAAUAAGGCUUGUGUAAAUUACAAAUGUAUGGAUCCCUGUAUCGGGUCUUGUGGCUCCAACUCCCUUUGUAUCGUACGACUUCAUACAGCGAUGUGUUCAUGCCAAGAAGGUUACACUGGUGAUCCUUUCCUAUCAUGCUAUCAACUACAACAAACGCCCGAAGUAAUCGAUCCAUGUUAUCCCUCUCCAUGUGGUGCAAAUAGUGAAUGCAAAAUAUCCCCAAGUGGAGUAGCCGCCUGUACUUGUCACAGAGAUUACUUUGGAAACCCCUAUGAAGGCUGUCGCCCUGAAUGUGUUAUUAAUGCUGACUGUCCAUACAACAAGGCUUGUCUUAAGAACAGGUGCCAAGACCCUUGUCCAGGAGUUUGCGGUUCUACUGCAAUAUGUCAAGUUAUAAAUCAUUUACCUUCAUGUUCUUGCUCACCUGGUUACACCGGAAAUCCGUACGCUUUUUGUCAUAUUAUCAUUAAAGAAGAACCCGUUCCUAAUCAUCCAUGCAUACCAAACCCAUGUGGAAGUAACACAGCAUGUAAAAACAAUAACGGUUUGGUUUCUUGUUCUUGCUUACCGGAAUAUUUCGGAACUCCUCCCAACUGUAGACCUGAAUGCUCCGUCAACUCAGAGUGUUCAUCCACAAAGAGUUGUAUUCGACAAAAAUGUGUCGACCCUUGUCAAAAUGUAUGUGGACAAAACGCUGAGUGCAGAGUUGUUAAUCAUGCACCAAUAUGUUCAUGCAGAACAGGUUACGAAGGAGAUCCAUUUAUAAAAUGCUUAACGAUUACAAAUACGCCAUUAAUUGAAGCAAACCCAUGUACACCAUCACCCUGUGGGCCAAAUUCCCUUUGCCAGGUGCAAAAUAGAGUACCCGUAUGUAGCUGUAUUUCGAACUAUAUUGGGUCACCACCUAAUUGUCGACCUGAGUGCACCAUUAACUCAGAUUGUCCAAGCAACAAAGCAUGUAUUAAUCAAAGAUGUAAUGAUCCAUGUAUCGGAUCAUGUGGCCUACAGACUAUUUGUAACGUACACCAACAUUCCGCUGUGUGUAGUUGCUUGGAAGGAUACACGGGUGAUCCAUUUGCAAGCUGUUACUUCCAAGAAGCUAUAGAACCUCUACCUGAAAAGUAUGACAGAUGUAAUCCCGACCCAUGUGGCGCUAAUGCUAGGUGCAACAAUGGAGAUUGUUCAUGUCUACCUAAUUAUUUCGGAAAUCCAUACAUGAGUUGUCGCCCCGAGUGCACGGUUAAUUCCGAUUGUGCAUCGGAUUUAGUCUGUGUUAAUACAAAAUGUGUUAAUCCGUGUGCCAACCUAUGUGGCCAGGGGGCAAUAUGCGAAGUUUAUAACCAUAUGGCCAUGUGUUCAUGCUCUCGGAAUACUACAGGAAAUGCCUUUGUUGCCUGCACAGCAGUAUCAAUAAUUGAAGAUUACGGAGACCCAUGCAUUCCAUCACCAUGUGGACCUAACAGCGUAUGCAGAACUAUAAACAAACAAGCUAUGUGUUCUUGUCUUGUGGGUUAUAUUGGUGCUCCUCCAUCUUGCCGACCUGAAUGUGUUGUGGACUCUGACUGCGCACCUACGCUAUCUUGUUCUAACCAGAAAUGCGUGGAUCCUUGUAGAGGCUCUUGUGGGAUCAACGCUGAGUGCAAAGUCCAUAAUCAUAAACCAAUUUGCUACUGCCGUAAUGGAUUGACUGGAGAUCCAUUCAUACAGUGUUUGUUUGUACAAAAUGAACCAGCAGUACACACCACUCCAUGCGAACCUUCACCUUGUGGUCCGAACACUAUUUGUAAAGAGAUAAGUGGAACUUCGUCCUGUUCUUGCAUGAAUGGAUAUACCGGACGACCGCCAUAUUGUCGUCCAGAAUGUGUUUCGAACAGCGAUUGUAAUUUUGACAAAUCCUGCAUAAAUAAGAAAUGUGUGGAUCCUUGCAAUGGAGCGUGUGGCCGCAACGCGGACUGUCGUGUCGUGAGUCAUUCCCCACAGUGUUCGUGCCAACAGGGCUACACUGGUGAUCCAUUCAACGAGUGUGUCGUCUCAGUGAUAUCUCAAAAGCCCUUGGAGCAUCCAAGACCAUGCACGCCCAACCCAUGUGGGCCAAACGCGAUCUGCCAAGAACGAUUCAACUCGGCGAGCUGUGUGUGUAUCAGUGACUACUUUGGCAAUCCUUAUGAGGGAUGCAGACCAGAGUGCCUACUGAACUCUGAUUGCUCACAGAAUCUUGCCUGUAUAAAUAAUAAAUGCACCGAUCCUUGUCCCGGCUUUUGUGGUAUUAACGCCGUCUGCCAAACUGUCAAUCACGUUCCAAAAUGCUCUUGUACUACUGGAUAUAUUGGUAAUCCCUACGAUACAUGCAUUGUCAGAGAAGCGGACCCUGUUGACCCAUGUUCACCGUCACCGUGUGGGCCUCAUAGUGUUUGUUUAGCGAAAAAUAAUAAAGCUAUGUGCUCUUGCUUGCCCGACUAUACGGGUUAUCCACCUAACUGCAAACCUGAAUGCGUUAUGAGCUCGGAAUGUCCACUUAAUAAGGCGUGUGUAAGGCAGAAAUGUAUAGACCCAUGUAUAAAUACAUGCGGAGAAAACGCAGAGUGUCGUACACAUCACCACAGUCCGUACUGUACUUGUUUGAGUGGUUUUGAAGGGGAUCCAUUUGUGCGAUGUGUCAGAGAAAAAACUGUAGCCACCCACGAUCCAACACCUUGUGAACCCAAUCCCUGUGGCCAAUAUGCUAUUUGUAGAGAUGUCGGUGGUUCAGCUGUUUGUGGUUGCAAACCGGGAUAUAUGGGUACUCCACCGUCUUGCGCACCCGAAUGCACUAUUAAUGAAGAUUGCCCCAAUGAUAAAGCCUGUGUUCGUGAAAAAUGUAUGGAUCCAUGCAUAGGCUCUUGUGGAGGUAAUACACUGUGCCGAGCUGUGAACCACCUCGCUAUCUGCAUGUGUGUUGAUGGAUAUCGAGGAGACCCAUUCGUUGGAUGUUAUGCAGUUAUAAAAGAUACGGUCUCACUAACACCUGUAGAUCCUUGCUUAAGGUCACCAUGUGGUAUCAACGCUGAAUGUCACAACGCCACUUGCUCUUGCAUAGCGGGCUACCAUGGAAAUCCCUAUGUAGAAUGCCGACCUGAAUGUACCAUCAAUCAAGACUGUUUGAAGAACCAAGCUUGUGUAAAUUACAAAUGCAUCAACCCAUGUAAUAAUGCUUGUGGUUUGGAAGCCGUGUGCAAUGUCUACAACCAUAUGGCAAUUUGUGAUUGUCCAUCGCCACUUCAAGGAGAUCCGUUUAUAGCCUGUCGCCGAGUUAUAGAUCACGUGGUGUCUGAUCCAUGCACACCCAAUCCGUGUGGACCGAAUAGCAUAUGUCGUGCGGAUGGAACAGUAGCUCAUUGCUCUUGCCGUCCUCCUAUGUAUGACGAGCCACCGACUUGCAGACCUGAAUGCCGAAGCCACUCUGACUGUGCACAGAAUCAGGCUUGUCGUAAUAAAAAGUGCCAGGAUCCCUGUCCCGGUGCCUGUGGAACACACGCCAUAUGUCAUACAUCGUCCCAUUCACCUAUCUGUAGCUGUCCUAUACGAUACACUGGCGAUCCAUUUAUUCGUUGUAUACCAGUGAUCCAGUCUGAACCCAAAGUACCGUCGCCAUGCCGCGAUUGCGGUCCCAAUGCGGAUUGCAUCCAAGAGUCAUGUCGCUGUCGAGAUAAUUACAUAGGAGAGCCGCCAAACUGUCGGCCCGAGUGUCUCAGCGCUGACGACUGCGACUGGCGACUCACGUGUGUCAAUAAACGUUGCAUCGAUCCUUGUCCUGGUGCUUGUGGCUUCAACGCUCUGUGUACGCCGACAUCCCACGAACCACGCUGCGUGUGCCCUCCCAACACAUACGGAAACCCCCUUACAGAGUGCCGACCCGUCGAGAAUAUUCCUAAAAUACCAAAUGACCCCUGCAACCCAUCACCUUGUGGCCCUGGAGCAAUUUGUCGGGCCAGAGGUAACGGUGCAUCGUGCGAAUGUGAACCUGGCCUUAGAGGGGAUCCUUACUCAAAUUGUCGACCAGAAUGUCUUGCGGACUCUGAUUGUUCCCCUGCUCGAGCUUGUAUAAGAUCUAAAUGUCGAGACCCAUGUGAAGGCACCUGCGGAGUGGGAGCUGACUGUGAAACUGUCAAUCACAUACCACUUUGCUCAUGCCCAACGGGUACUAGAGGAAAUGCUUUUGAACGAUGUGAUAUAGUAAUAACAGCACCACCAUGCACACCAUCACCAUGUGGUCCUGGAGCUUUGUGUUCAGUUGUAAACAAUAAUGCUGUAUGCUCUUGCCCGAGUGGGACCAGCGGUGACGCUAGUUCCAUUGGAUGCAGGCCAGAAUGUGUAGUGAGCUCUGAAUGCCCACGGGAUCGCGCCUGUGUUAGAAAUAAAUGUAUAGACCCAUGUCUCGGAGCUUGCGGCAACGGGGCCAUGUGCCGCGUAUUUGACCACGCACCAAUUUGCUCCUGCCCGCCAUCGACAACUGGUGAUCCAUUCUACAACUGCGUAGCCAGAGACGUGCCUACCACUUCACCUACAGUAUUCGAUCCUUGUGAUCCUAAUCCGUGCGGACCUCAUGGAACAUGCCGCGAUGGUUUUUGUUCAUACCCAGAGUGUGUAGUAAAUGACGACUGCCCCGGUGAUCGCGCUUGUAUGAACCGCAAAUGUUCAGACCCUUGUGUCGAUUCUUGCGGAAUUAACGCUAUCUGUACUGGAGUAAGACAUUCAGCUGUUUGUUCAUGUCCUGCAGGAUACACGGGCUAUCCAUUUGUUAAGUGUGAACGUAUUACAAUUUCGACACCACCACAGCCUUUGCCAGAAUGCACUAGAGACCCAGAGUGCGCUGACAACAUGGCUUGUGUAGAUACCAGAUGUGUCCCAGUAUGCACACAGAAUAGUUGCGGACUUCAUGCACAAUGUAUUGCAAGACAGCAUAGAGCCCAUUGUGCGUGCUUACAAGGGUUUGAAGGAGACGCUUACACUGGAUGCUAUUCCGUGCAAUGCCAUAGCAAUAAUGACUGUCCUGAUGAUGAAAGCUGUGAUAGCGGAACAUGCAUAAAGGUUUGCUCGCGAAUACGAUGUGGAACUGGGGCCAAAUGUAUCGCUCGGGGACAUAUCGCCUCGUGCGAGUGCAAUCUUGGAGCUCGUGGUAAUCCAUGGGUAGAAUGUCGUACUGAAGAAUGUGUCAUCGAUAACGACUGCCCAUCUUGGUUAGCCUGCAGAGGAAAUGUUUGUAAAGAUCCAUGCCCAGGAAGCUGCGCUGAAAACGCUCAAUGUUCGGUUGUUAGACACGUACCGGUUUGUGAAUGCUUACGCGGAACUAAUGGCAAUCCCAAAAUAAAUUGCCAACCCGUUCUUGAAGAAAUCGAAUGUUCCAACGAUGCAGAAUGUGGGCCAAAUCUAGCGUGCCUACAAGGAAGAUGUAAGAACCCCUGUGACUCCACAUCCUGCGGUGUGCGAGCGGAAUGUCGCGUUGCAAAUACUCUACCAUUCCGAACAUUAGUUUGUGAAUGUCCUAAACCUUUGAGUGGUGAUGCUUCCGUACAAUGUAAUCCGAAAGGUGAAUGUAGCGAAGACAAUGAUUGUGGAGAGGAAGAACGGUGCCUUCAAGGUCGUUGUGCUUUAGCAUGCGAUUCGCAGUUAUGUGGAGCAGGCGCGGAAUGUCGUGCUGUCGCACACCGAGCUUCUUGCUCUUGUGUACCACCACUGCAAGGAGAUCCAAAUGUUGCUUGCACGCCAGGCGUAGACGGUAGUAUGUGUCUCUCAGACGCGGAAUGUGGUGCAGCUGAGGCAUGCGUGUCUCGGCGCUGCGUGUCCGCAUGCGCAGGCGCGUGUGGUGCCGGAGCACUCUGCGAACCCGACAGACACAGAGCGCGUUGCCGAUGCCCACCUGGCACUGCAGGCGACCCAGCACGUGCCUGCUAUACACCCGAAUGUACCGUCGAUGAAAACUGUCCUUUCGACAAGUCCUGUAUGAAUGGGUACUGUCAAGACCCGUGUGCCCUAGAAACACCUUGCGGACGUAAUGCAGUUUGUGACGUCAUUGCCCAUGCCGCAACGUGUCGAUGCCCCGCGGGAACGCAGGGCGAUCCACGACGUGCGUGUGUAGCAGCUGCUUGCCAGUACAAUGAAGAUUGUGAUCUUACUAAAGCAUGUGAUAGACUGAACCGCGUUUGCCAGCCCGUUUGUUCCGAACAUGCUUGUGCACCUGGCGCUUCAUGUACCCCGAGCGCCCAUCGAGCGAUCUGUACCUGUCCUCCAGACCGAUCUGGUGACCCCUACUUACGCGGAUGUGUUACAGUCGAAAAUAAUGAAGAAUGCUCAGUAGAUUCAGACUGCCCUGCGCCUUUCGCCUGCGUCAAUUCGCGUUGCAUCGAUCUCUGCCGUGAUAACCCGUGCGAAUCAGGAUUGUUCUGUAAAACCGUUGACAUAUUACCGUUGCGAGCAGUCGCUUGCGUGUGUGCGGAUGGUGGAAGAGUCGCGCCAGACACGGGCUGUCGAGCGCCACCACAAGGAGAAUGUUCCUCGGACAACGAGUGUGCCAACAGCCAAAUAUGCCGCCGCGGCAACUGUGUGGAUGCGUGCAAAGCAGCACCAUGUGGACAAAACGCCCUCUGUGAGGCGAUCGACCAUGUUGCGCGUUGUAGCUGUCCACCAGGAUAUUUGGGAAAUCCACGAAUUGAAUGUAACACAGAACCAAGACAGCCUGCAAUCUGGGAAUGCUACAGCGACAAGGAAUGUGGGGAGGAUCGUGCAUGCGUUGAGCGUGUGUGCGUGAACCCCUGUGUGGGCGCAUGCGGACCUGCCGCGCUGUGCCGCGUCUUGGAAAGGCAACCUGUGUGCUCCUGUCCCGUUGGUUACACUGGCGACGCCCGCAUACGCUGCACUCCACCGUCUCAAGAUUCCGUUAUACCAGUUGGUUGUAAAGCAAAUUCUGACUGUCCACUGUCUCAAGCUUGUAUUAACAGCGCCUGUGCUAAUCCUUGCGCUUGCGGCACCAAUGCCGAAUGUACCGUUGUACGCCAUCAUCCGGUUUGCUUCUGUCAAAAUGGUUUCUCUGGCAACCCCUACACUGAUUGUAUUAAAGUAAGCUGUACAGCUGACCGAGAUUGUCCCGACAGUGACAUAUGUUACAACGGAGCCUGUAUCAAUCCUUGUAUAGUAGAAUCUCCGUGCGCUAUAAGUGCGGAAUGUUAUGGCAAAUCGCAUAGAUCUAACUGUCGCUGUCCUGUUGGGACACACGGAAAUCCAUUGUCCAGGUGUCACGCAUCGGAAUGUGAAGCGGAAUCUGACUGUAAUGACGAUAGUGUUUGCGUCCGUGGAGUAUGUCAGAACGCCUGCUCUGUCGCUGGCCUGAAUCCUUGUGCUUCCAACGCCGAGUGCUUCGCGAAAAACCACGCCGCUUCUUGUAAAUGUCCCCCAACACUCCCACUUGGCGAUCCCUUGACUCAAUGUGAAAGAGUUCCGGUUAUUGGACAGCCUGAAUGUCAAAUGGACGGCGACUGCCCCAGCAGACAGGCGUGCCUUAGAGAUGUUUGUCAAGAUGCUUGUGCUGAGCUAACACCUUGCACUGGAAACUCACGCUGUUCAGUUUCGGAUAGUAUACCGUUCCGUACGUUAAUAUGCAGAUGUCCAGAAGGCUACGUGCCUAACGUGAAAGGAGCUUGCGAUCCGCUCCAAUUACCACCACUAAGUUGUUCAUCUGACACCGAUUGUAGUGACCAAGAAUCAUGUGUUAAUAGGAUAUGCCGAAACCCAUGCAAUUGCGGUGACAACGCCGAAUGCUUCAUUAAAAAUCAUAGACCUGUCUGCUCUUGUCGAGACGGAUACGAUGGCAACCCUUACAGUUCUUGUCGUAUAGUCGGCUGUAGGACGAAUACAGAAUGUCCAUCUGACGAGGCUUGUGUCAACGGUAAUUGUGUCAGUCCUUGCUUACUAAAUAAUACGUGCGGAUUUAACGCUGAAUGUUAUGUAGAAAGAAAUCAUCCGCUAUGUCGGUGCAGGACAGGUUUCGAAGGUGACGCAUAUACGAAUUGUAACCCAAUUGAGUGCCGAUCAAACGGAGACUGCCCGAGAGACAAAUUAUGUCGAGGACACAAAUGUAUCAACCCUUGCCUCUCCGACAACAAUUGUGGACGAAACGCAAUAUGCCUUGUACGUAAUCAUCUACCGGUUUGUAAAUGUGAAUUUGGGUAUAAUGGAAGCCCCUACGUCGAAUGUAAGCCAGAAAUCACCACCGAAUGUACAGUGGACGCGGACUGUCCUUCCAAGAUGGCAUGCUUAUCAGCAAAAUGUGUCAACCCAUGUACUGCUUUACGACCUUGUGCAACACCAGCGCAUUGUGAAGUACUUGCUACGUUACCAGUGCGAACAAUGUUAUGUUCAUGUCCACCUGGAUAUGUGAGUGGCGGUGGAGGUGUAUGUCGUCCAUCCACCACAAUAAACGACGUCACUUGCGAAAUCGAUAACGAUUGUACUUCUAACCAUGCUUGCGUAACAUCUGUUUGCAAGAACCCAUGUGAUUGUGGACCUAAUACUGACUGCCAAAUACGAGAUCACAAGCCGGUCUGUGCCUGUCAACCUGGAUUCCUAGGGGAUCCUCAUACCGGUUGCUACUCAGUAACGUGUAGAGCUGAUAGUCAGUGUAGCGACGAUGAAUCCUGUAUCAACAAUCAAUGUGUACCAGCCUGCUCCGCGGAGCCCGAUCUUUGCGGAGACUCUGCCGAGUGCUACGGAGAACAACACAGAGCUUUCUGUCGAUGCCAAAUUGGAACAACUGGCAACCCUAACUUUGCUUGUACUCCUAUAAGUUGUCGAGCAAACUCGGAAUGUCCUUCUGAAAAAUCGUGUGUCAACAACAAAUGCGUAGAACCUUGUACAGCAUCCGCUUGUAAUGAGCCGGCGGAAUGCAGAAUUCACUCACAUGAAGUGUACUGUGUCUGCCCACCGGGUUACCAGAGCACCAAAGAUGGUUGCAAUAAGACUGAAGAAUUAUGUACUUCGGACAUUGAAUGUCCACCCGGAACCGCCUGUCUUAAUAGCAGAUGUGUUAACCCUUGUGUGGAAAUAGAGCCUUGUGGCAGAAACACUAAAUGUCUAGUCGCAGAUACGAAUCCCGUUAGGACCAUGAUAUGUGAAUGUGAACAAGGAUACAAAGGAAACGCGUUACUCGAAUGUACACCAUACAAACCACCAAUAACAAAAUGCAUUGACGGACAGGGAGUAAACGAAUUCGGAGAAUGUGAGCCUUGUCUUGAAUCCGAUGGCAAAAUAGUGGACGCACGUGGUCGUUGUGUAUGUGACGUAGAGCGUGGUUUUACCUCUAAAGGUGAUACCUGUGUACCUAUCGGCUGUCGUGUUGACGAACAAUGUGAUGAUGAUGCAAAAUGCAUUAAUGGAAAAUGCGUCCCAGUCUGUGAAGCCGAACCCUGCGGCCUAUUCGCCACUUGUACUGGAGUAAGUCAUCGCUCGCGAUGCACCUGCAUAACAGGUUACGUCGGUAAUCCGAAAGUAGCAUGUAAUGCAACAACACCGAAUAUUACGUAUAGAACCGACUUCCCACUACCGGAUAUGCAGGUACACUGUUUAGCUGAUGGAGUACGAGUGAGUCUUAAGAUAAAGGACUUCAAUGGUGUACUCUACGUAAAGGGCUAUAGCAAAGACGAGCGCUGUCGCCUCAUAGUACACACAGCAGAAAACCAGGAAAGCCCCGUUGACUUUACGGUCCACUUUGGCGAUUGUGGUUUAGUUCAUGUUAAUGGUCUAGCAAGCUUUGUGCUGGUAAUGCAGAAACAUCCUAAGCUUGUGACGUCAAACGCUAAGGCGUUCCACAUCAAGUGCAUAUACCAGACGGGCGAACAAAAUGUGACAUUAGCUUUCAAUGUGUCAAUGUUAACAACUGCGGGAACUAUAGCGAAUACAGGCCCGCCACCUACUUGCUCAAUGAGAAUCGUUUCUCGAACAGGAGAUGAGGUUAGCUCUGCCGAAAUUGGAGAGAACCUGGUACUGCAAGUAGAUGUCCAACCAUCAAGUAUAUAUGGCGGGUUUGCCCGAAGCUGUGUAGCAAAGACAAGUGAAGUAGCGACGAACAUAGAAAAUGAAUACACUGUGACUGAUGCGGACGGUUGCGCGACGGACGCCGCCAUCUUUGGGGAAUGGGAGAGAAGCGAGGAUGGCACCGCUUUACGAGCUGCCUUCAACGCUUUCAAAUUCCCAAGCAGUGAUAAUAUACGAUUCCAAUGUAAUAUACGUGUCUGUUUUGGAAAAUGCCAACCGGUGAACUGCCGGGGCAACGACGCUUUCGGCAAGCGCAAAAAGCGUGACGUAAUCGAUGACAACUCGUUGUCGGGACGUCUACGUGAGGAGGUGACCGUGGAGUCAAAUCAGAUCUUGACGCUGGAGCGGCGCGACCCGUCUCGCGCGGCCAGACAACGCGACGCAUCAGACGGUCCGACCGGCAACGCCGCCGCCGAGGUGUGCGUUUCGGCAGCCGGGCUGGCGGUGGCGUUGGCGCUGACGGCCCUGCUAGCGCUGGUAGCCGUGGCAGCCGCGGUAGCGUGCUGGCUGGUGGCGUGGCGCCGAGCCCGACCGCCCCCAGCUCCUCUGCCCCACCCCCCGGACUUCCCUAAUCCCCUUUUCCAGCGCUAA